GUCACGUGACCUCGGCCUCCGGCUCUCACUACCCGACGCUUUCAAGUGAGGCACGCGGGGCCUCCAGCGUCGGCACGCGGCCCGCCGGCCCACGAGUGGGAGAGACCACCUGCUGGACUGGAGUAGGGGGUGGGGAGUAGUACUGUAUUUCUUUCCCCCUUUAGCCAGCCGAAGCAGUCCCGUCCGUCCGUUCUUGUCUCCGCCCACUUCCAACUCCCACCCCCUCCGCGUGCCCUUUCCACUUCCGCACAGCAGCCAGCCAGCCUUCCUUCCUUCCUUCCCUCCUCCUCCUCCUCCCCCCCUCAUCCCUCCUCCCCGGCCUGGGGCUGCGGAGCAAGAAGAGAAACGUAAGAGAAGGGAGGGGGAGGGGAGAAAAAGGAGCGGGGGGGGGGGGGAGAGGAGAAAGAAAAAAACACCAGUAGCCGGCCAAGAGAGGGAGCGCGUGCCCCUAGCCGAGGCAGGUAAACGUAAUCUCUGGGCGGCGGCGGGGGGUCAGGAGCGCGGCCUAGUUGGGAAGCGUCGCGCGGCGGAGGCUGAGGGUGGGGGUUACUAUUCGUAGUGAACGGAUCCGGCCUCGCGCGUGCAGCACUAACGCCCCCCCCCACCGCCACGAACGAGCCUCCGCCCGAACCCCCCGUCAUCCGGGUCUUAGUAGCCUCCUCUGUUUUAACCACCGCCUUCCCCCCCACGCCGGGGGCUCCUGACCCCGCCCCUUCCUCGUGCGCCCCCUGUCAGGCUUCCCCCAGGAGCAAGGGCCCCUCGUGCUCCCCUUGGAGGGCCUGUGGCACAGCUUCCCCAUCCCUUUCCCUUCUGUUCCGAAUCCCACUUCGCUGCUCCCUUUGGGGGCUGCUAAUUCGUCCCCCCAGUUUAACAGUGUUAGCUAGCCAUUUUUUAAGCCAUGGUGGUUUACUCAGCAGUAAGGCCAAGCGAGUCCAAUGAGACUUCCUCCUUGGUAAGUGUUCUAGGAUUUCGGCCUUUUUUUUUUAGUGUAGAAUUGUUUAUUAAAGUAUCUGUUAAACUGCCUUUCAUUAGUUAGCUAUAUUGUGCUUGGGGGUUGAGGGAGAAGGGGUGGUGGUUCCCAGUGGUCAUGCAAGCAUAAGACCCAGUCAUAAUAGCUUUAAAAUGCAGCAGGGCAGAUCAGACAACUAAAAUGUUGUCACACUGAAAAGUGCUGUAAGUCAGAAGAAGUAAGCCCCCUUGAGCUCCAUAGAACUUAACUCAUGUGUAGGGAUGGAGAAGCUGUGCUUCCUUGGAUGUUGUUUGACUCUAGCCCCCAUCGGCCCUAGCAAACAUGGUCAGAUGUCGAGGCCAGGGAUGAAGGGAAUUGUAGUGUAGUAACAUUCGGAGGGACACAGAUUCUCCAAAUCUGGUGUAUCUCCAUCUCUGUGUCCACCUUGCAGAUUUCAUUCCUCUGGUGAUGGUUAUUUAUCAACAUGCUUGUGCAGUGUGUGUGUUGGUCCAGAAUAACUACUGUUCUUCAGGACCACUUGGACUUGCAUUAUCACACUUUACACCUAAGCAUGCAUUGAAAAGGUAGAGAAAAUAAGGGUUGGUGAAUAACUAAUUGGCAACAAAGGUUCUUGCGUAUACACCCUUACCUUUGCCUUGCUCCAAAACACUCUGCACAUUCCCAAGUGUUCAGAGUGUUCAGCCAGUAGUAUCACCUGACUUUUUAUUACAUUACUCAAGCCUAUCUUCACCCUCCCACUCACACUGAUUAGCUGCUCAUAUGCUCGUUCCUGGUGGUUUUUGAAUUUGCUACAGUAGCGUGGUCUAUACUUUGAUGUCUUUUUCUUAAUCAUUUGCAGAUUAGCUUCUCUAACAAACCUUGGAUGUUUUCACUGAUAUUUCUUACUGAUUGCAUCCUAAGCAUUUCUGGCCUUUCAACUUGAAAUGUGCAUAUUUAGAACCUUAUCAAGAAUGAUUAGAUUUUUAUACUUAUAAAGUGUAAGUUUGAUAAUUGCUCAGCCACUUAAAAAUCUUUCACCAAAUGUAAGAUACGCUUUUAUAGUAUAACAUUUUUAUUUUUUAUUUAUUUAUUUUAUUUAUUUAACUUUAUUUAUACCCCACCCUCCCUGGCCAAGACCGGGCUCAGGGCGGCUAACAUCAGGUAUAAAAACAAUUGAUUAAAAUACAACUUAAAAAGAAGAUUAAAAUACUACUUAAAAUGCACUUAAAUUCACUUAAAAUGCAGCCUCAUUUCAGUGGAAGCCCAGAUCAAAAACUGUUUUGGGGGAGAAAACGUCAAAUCUUCAUCAAGGCCAACUAUCCAGACAGGUCCUACAUGGGCCAGAAAAGCCAGGGAAGUCCCCAAAUAGGGAUUCCAUCACAGAAGGAAAAGGAAAGAGGGGGAGGGAAUCAGGCUGGUUCCAAGCCAAAGGCCAGGUUGAACAACUUUGUCUUACAGGCAAGAAAGCAGAUUCCGCAGGUCCCUGGCCUCAUGAGAGAGCGAUCCACCAGGCCGGAGCCAGUGUUGAAAAGGCCCUGGCCCUGGUUGAGGCUAAUCUGACUUCUUUCAGUUUUUCAGACUUGCUUUACAAUAACUUUUAGCACUUGUUCAUGGUGUAGUUCUUAAUUGAUGUAUUAAGUGUUUUAAUGUUGCUGGUUUAUGGUUACUUUAAGAGCAAGGUUUUUAGGGAUGCCUAAAACAUACUCUGAUCCAUCUAAUAAUAAUUGGUUUGGUUGCAGCAUUCAGACAUGCUGUGAAAAGGCUGCAGAGCCCCCUGCCCCUCAACUUUCCAUCUUGUUCCUCAUCAACUUCCUCUGUGAUUAAAUGCUACAGAUAAUUUGGUAUCAUGCAGUUGUAGCUAUCACAUGUUCAGGUCUUAAACAGCCCAGACCAGUUGUGUUUAUUGAGGAGCCCUACCGAUUUUGGGGGGGAAUUUACAGAAGCCGUAGUUCCACGUUGUAAAUGGUAAUUUUAUGUCUUGUGUGAUCUGUGGCCAGAAGGGGAAACUUCUCAAGAAUUAAAGCACAAGGAUGAAGUAAUUAUGGUUGGGUAUGAGAAAUGUUACUGCUGCACAUUUUGCUGAGUGCAUCCAUAGCACUUGUGGUGUUUUGUGAUCUCUCAGUAGCCAGUAGGUGUGUGUGUGAUAUAUAUAUAUUAAUUACAGUCUCAGUGCAUUGGUUGCUUAUUCUGUAGUGUGUAUAAUGGACUAAGAUGGAGAAAGUACUUUGAUUCAGGAAAAAAAAAGUAUUGGAAAGUGUUGUCACAAUAUAGCCAUGCCACUGAAAUUAUGUACAAAAUAAGCAACAGAAAGGGAUGCAGGUCAUGACAGUUAAAUUGAUCUGAAAUAUUAAUUGUAUUAAUUUACAGAUAAUUUUCAGGUUGACUUUAACUGGUGUUUCCUUUUAAACUACUUUGGUUUGUAAAUAAAGUAAGGAAUUCUUACUGUUCUUGGUACCACUACUGUGUUACCUGUUUCACUUCCGUUGCAUCUCUCUACCCCAGCCAUAACAACUUGUUCCUGUUUUCCCCUGUACUGUUCAGUGCUGUGACCUUGCAUGUUUUCAUGUGGAGCACCCUUCUCACUGUAGAACUUCAAAGAUUUCUCCCCUCCUGCCCCAACAUACACAUUUUAGAGUAGACGAAGAGUGCUCUUUUGGACUGUAUCAUCUGUAUGCCAAAUCGAUGCCCUAAAGGUUUGAAGAGAGGUCUUUAGUAGCUGCUUUGCAGUCUUGGAAUUCAUUUUCCUUAGAGUUACAUUGUGGUUCAAGUCUCAGUGUUUCUUGGAUACACUAUCAGACUGGAUAUGGUUUAAGCAGAUGUUCUUUUUACAGUACUUCUAAAAACAUGGUUAUUUUAUUCUGAUGGGUUCACGGUGUCAUACUUUCAAAUCACCAAUAUGUGUGUUGAGAUCUAGAUAAUGAAUGAGAUAGAAAUUGAUUGAAAUAAAUGAAAAUGUGCGCUACCCCAGUCUUUAAAAACUGCAUACUAGUUGGCAUGCUUUUAGGCAUUUUGAGAUGAAAACAGUUCAUUCUGUGUUUGGAAGACGUAUCCUGGUUGUAUGACACAUUUGUCUGGGCUAGCUUGGAAGAGGACAAAAUGAAACUGCACACCUGACUGAAUUGUUCUAGCCAUAGAUCCUUGUAUUCCGGCUUUUGAUUUCCUGCUUGAUUAUGUUGAUGACUGAUGAAGUGUUUCAUAUGAUCACCAUGGCUUCUUUUAGCCUUUCAGGAAGGCAUGCCAAACUUGGUGGCCCUACAUUACAGCCUGCUGGAAGGCUUAUAAACAUGUUGUUUUUUGCACCCCUAAGCAACAUAGGAGGAUAUACCAUAGUUGGGACAUAGCUCCUUAAAGGUUGUUCUGAUUAGGUAGAUUACCCUCAAUUUUUGGAAGUGUAGACAAUUCAGUUGUGCAUGAGCAAUGGACAAAGCAUGAAUUCUUUACAUAGAAAUUCAAUUUAUUUCUCUGGUACUUACUUCAAGUAAGUGUGCUAAGGAUCAAAGGAAACUGCCCCAUAUGAAAGAGCCUGACUUACUUUGGUUGAGGUUAUUGAAAUUUCAACUAUGGUUGCAGUGUGUUUAUGUGUGUGCUUUUUUAAAAGGGAAGUGGCAGAGCAAUCUAGUAUUGUUUUAAAGUACAGCUGAACAAGUGAAGAAACUUUAGCUUGGAAGUGUUGUUUCCUUAAUUUUGGAAAUUAAACUUGUUGACUUGAAAUACAUUGUGAUACAACAUUGAUAAUAUUCUGUAUUAUCUGCAUAGGCAAAUCUUACUCAUAGUGCAGUCCUCCACAAAUCAUGGGUACUGACUGAAGUUAUGAAAAUGUGACCUACUACUUGUGGUUUUGCUUAAGCACCCGUUGAGUGAAAUUGUCUGGGGUUUGGAAGGCACAAGACACCUUUAGUGAGAUUGAAAUCAAUAUGGCAUUCAAAUUCCACUUUGGAAUCUGUAAAGGUGGAUUUUGAAAUCAGAUAUUGGCUUAAAUAUUUUGAAUCACACUCGUGGGUGGGUUCUUAUUUAAUGUUCACAAUUCAUCCUUGACAUUUUGAAAUGUAUUUUUAAUCCUUAGACACUCUAAUCAAAGAGAAGGCAACAUCUUUUUUUUAAGCAAUUGAGAAUUAACUGAGGCAUAAGUAUAUUCAUCACUGCAGUUCCAUUUCUGCUGUGUUCUGGCUCUGUCCUGGCAUCUAGAGAUAUGGGUAGUGGAUUGUGGUUGCAAUUGGACCCAUGCCAGUCACAAAAUGUGCCUGGUUCCUUGUUAAUUUCGAACACUGGAGAUAGGCCUUUGGUCUGAUUCAGCAGUACUAUUCUUGUGUUCUUAAGGCACUUAAAAACAGCAGAAAUUAUCUAGAAUUGUUGUGAUUUUCCUGAGGAUUGUUGAGAGAUAGCUUCUUCAUAUGAGCUUGGGCUGCUUGGGUCUCCUCCAAUAGUGGGUCUAUAACUUGCAAAUGGUACCUUGAAGAUUAUGGACCUCAUAGGGCUUUUGCAUAUCUUUUAGACUCUCCUGGACUGCAGAUGAUCUGGGACACCUAACUAGUGUUAAAUUGAGUGGAGAAUAAUAUUUUUGUUUUUCAUUCUCUGUAAUAUUCCUUAUAUUGAUAGCAGUUGCAAUGCACAAAAUGUAGUGCACAGUAUAAAAAAAGUAGGGACUGGUCACUCUUUGAGUUUGGAAGAUUGCUUUGAUAUUUUACCAACUAGAAGUUACCAUUCCUCCUAGGAGUUAGCCAUGAGUGUUGAGUGAUGGAUACUGGUGGCAGAGAGAGCAUAAGGGAAAUGGGGGGUCUUUUGCCAAAGACACCCAUUUGCAGACAUCAGCUAACUACACAGAAUGCUUCUAUUUGAAAAAUGACCCAGCUUCUACAGAGACAAGAGCUGAUAUAAGAUAGAUACAAAGCUGCUGCUUAGACAAAUGCUCAUUAGAGCAUUCAGAGACUUCAAGAUUUUUACAGUGAUGCAUUGUUUCAGAUAAGAGUCCUUUACAGGUGAUGCCUUGUGGAUGUAGCCCUUUAAAUAGGCAAGAUGAAGUAACCAAUGCUGGUUCCAAAGUUGUAAAUGUCUUGUGAACAGGAACAGAAACAGCUUCCUAGCGUCCUUAUAAUAGGAAACAACAGUGUACCUUGUGGUAUAUCAUAAUUACUGCCAAAGGUUUUUGUGGCAUACCUCAAGCACAACAAACUCUCAUUAAACUUGAAUUGAAUCCUGACAGUUGGUGGCUUCAGUCAAGCAGUUCUAUGACAAUGCAGUUAGUGUUAUGACUUCUGCAUAAUCAAAUUGAAAAGCAACAAUUACCUGAAGUAAUCACAUUUACCUAAUUAGAAAAUGGCUUUCUUUCAGUAGGCAACGCUUUAGAAGCUUUGCCAAAAGUGUGGUGGCCAUGAUGCUUUUGAGUCUUUCAGCUAAACUAGUUUGCAGAGAUUCUAAAAACUUGCCCAACAAUUGAAGGUUUGACUGUUGAAAUUGAAGCUUAUAAGGGGAAGUUCAUCCAUCCCCUAUACAUUUCCAUAGGAUUUACUGUUUUCUGUAUGCAGACAUAAAACUCUGCUAAAAUUCAGCUCUCCUUAGACUUGUUGCAGUUGCCUUGGUAGAGUAAAUGGUAGAGUUUUAUAUGCUCUUCAUAUUAAAAGGGUCUUUUGAAUUGAGGCUGGUUUUAAUGCAACAACUUAUGUCUGGAGAGAUAUGUUAGUCUGUGCUGAUACUGUUUUAUCUUGGAUAAGAGCUUCAUAAAAAUUACUCUAACUUUUAUAAUAAGGCUUAAUAUUGUUUUUCAUGUAUUAAAUUGAAUUAAUAUAGGAAUACAUAUCUCAACUUGUUUUGGAUUGAAAGAUGGCUGUCACAUUAUGAUGGCAGAUUUUGACAUAUCUGAGAUACUGAUUCUCCCUUCAGAUUACAGUUUUUCAGAGUUAAUAUACAACUUAGUCAACUUCAGUGGGGAUUUAAAAAGAUUAGCGGCCUAUUUGACAAGAUGAUCAAAUAAGAAUCAUCCAGAUUUGAAUGCUUUACUUUUUAAUGUAAACCUAGGGCUGAUGUACACUUCUGGUGGCAAAUAUGGGUCUGCAAAGCUUGACUGAUCCUUGCAGCUAGAUAGGGGUGGGGUUUCAGUUUCUAGGGGAAUAGAAGCAGGUGGGUGUGAGGUACUUAAUUCUUCCCUUGCUGCUUUUGCUCACAUCACAAUUCUUUUCUCCACUGUUUUUUCUCAUUUUAUGUGGGAGACCCCAUACCUGGGAAACUUUACUGAGAGAAAAAGAGGUGCAGGAGGGGGUUUCAGGGGAAAAGCAGUGGACAAGGGUAUGUUAUGAGACCCUUUACAAUUAUUUUACUUCAGGCUUCUCAAAAAAAGUUUGCAAAGUUAGCAAGUGGGGAGAAACUACAGUGCUUUUGUUCUGUAAAUAUGGCCCCCUCCGUGGCUCGGGUUACCAUGUGUGCAUUUGACCCAUAUAUAAAGUUUACCAAACCUAAAAUUAAAUUGCUAAGUUUUUUGUUGUUGAAAAUUAUUUUAAAUAAAGCAAAUACAAUUUUUUAAUAAAAAGAGAAAGAAACCAUUUUUGAAGAGGUAUUCAAAAUAGUAAAAAGCCAGCUCAAAUUUAUUAUUAAUUUUUAGGUAAUUUUAUAAUUCAUAGCUUAUUUUUCUUAUGGUAUUUUUCUUGUCUUUCUAUAGGGAUUAAAGACACACAGGAGUCUUCAUGGAUAUAGUUGAUACAUUUAAUCAUUUAAUUCCUACUGAACACUUAGAUGAUGCCCUAUUUCUAGGAUCCAACGUGGAGAAUGAAGUCUGUGAGGAUUUUAGUACAAGUCAAAAUGUCUUAGAGGAUUCGCUGAAGAACAUGCUCAGUGAUAAGGACCCUAUGCUAGGAUCUGCAAGUGCUCAGUUCUGUUUGCCUGUUUUGGAUAGCACUGAUCCCAAUUUCCAGAUGCCUUGUUCAACAGGUAAAUCUUAAUAUUUUUCAAGUAUACACUUUUGAAUAGAGCAGAAGCUGGUGUUGUUCCAUUUUGCUCUGAAAACAUGAAUCCUUUCCCCCCGCUCUGCUUCAUGGCUUGGAGCCUAAGGUUAAGCCACUAGCUUUCCUUCACUUCACUUGAGGUAACCAUUAUAUUUAUUGAGGAGCUUUAAAAUAAGUUGUGGAGAGGAAUACUUAGGAUUAUUUUCAGAUAGUGUUUAUCUUACUAAAAUAGGGAUUUGGUUUGCAUAGCAUUGCAGUUUUAGGUUGCACUUGUUUCAGAAAGCGUACCUCUUGAUUUGACUGAGGUACUUUCAUUUCAUUUAACUUUUAAUUUGUAUACCGCCUUUCUAUAUUCCUAUACACAAGGCAGUUUGCAAGCUGAAGAAUUCAACAAAAUAGACAGCAAAGAUCACACACCUAACAAUCUGAUCCAAUACAAAAAAGUCAUGAUAAAAGCAUAACUUUAAAAUAAACAACUUGCAUUGAGUAAAGUGGUGUUCAAUAAUCUAUUAGAAUAUAAUAGUAAAUAAUAAAAUUAAAUAUCAGCAAAUAAUAGUUAAAUAGUUUGCACUUAACAAUUGCAAUAAAUAAUUACUAAACUAUAAUCAAUAAAAUUGAUGGCAAAUUACCGUGCAUAAAAUACCACAAAGCAUACAGCACCAUGUAAAAGGAUCAAAUUGAGAAACAAGGACACACAACUUACAAAACUACUAAAAAAAAGAAGCCCUGAACUCUUCUUUUCUUUUCCCAGCUGUUUCUGCUCUUCUCAAAGUCAUUGUCUGGGAAAUACUCCUAGGGCUGCAGGGUGGGGCAAGGCAGGUGGAAAAAGCCAUUGCCUGAUGGCCAGCACAAGCUCUCUCUCCCCUCACAGUUCUUUAUUUGGAAACAUCUCUCUUAUGAAGGCUCCUCACAGUGGCAGCAAAUCGUCAUUAAAGGGUUUACAGAGCAGAUUGGAUAUGCAUUCAUCAGGUAGAUGAUGUUUCAAUGCAGAACGUUUCCUUUGGAUGACUUCUAGGGUAUUUACUAUAAAAUGGUUCUCUUGUUUGGGGUGCCUACUAUGUUACGUAUUUUUAAUGUUAAAAUUUGAUCGUUCUAUGGUGGUUCCCUGUGUAAUGUCAUCAUAAAUGAUAGUACCUUAUGGAGCAAGUUGACUGCCAGCCACGAACAAUGGGGUUGAAUGGAGCACAGAGCCACUGGGCCCUUCUGCUUCCAGUGGUCAGGAUUGGAGGUAGGAGGUACAGUGGAAAUGCUAUUUUCCACUGCACCGUUAUCAGGCUGUCUUAUACUGAGUGAGAUUAUUGGUCCAUCUAGCUCAGUAUUGUCUAUACAAUAUGGCAGUGAUCUACCACCCUUUUUAAAGGGUUCAGGUCAAAGUUGUUGAGCGUUUUUUUAGAGAGGGGAAUUGCACCGUUUUAUUGGGGUUCCAGUUUGGGGGGGCUGGGAAAAUAGAAGGAGGGAGGGGAUUAGUCACUCACCAGAUGAUCACUGUGGAAGCAAUUUGCCUCACACCAAAAACUCCCUCUUCCAUUCCAGAGAUCAGGAGAAAAUGCAGGGAGGGGAGAGGGGGCGAGGCAGGGCAAAGGAAAAUGAGACAGCGAUUGACUGCAACCUGUUGGACAUCCUGGUCUACACUGACUGGCAGUAGCGGGAGUCUUUCUUAGUCCUACCUGGAGAUGCCUGGAAUUGAAUUUGGGACUUUAUAUAUGGGAAGCAGAUGUUCUGCCAAUGAGUUGCAGCCCUUCCCGCAAAGGAACACCUCUGCUGUAUCUUAACUUCCUUCAACGGGGCAGAUCAGAGAUUGUAGCUUAUAUAGGCUACUGACAUAUUGGAAUCUAUAUUUUGUUGUUGUUGUUGUUUAGUCGUUUAGUCGUGUCUGACUCUUCGUGACCCCAUGGACCAGAGCACACCAGGCACUCCUGUCUUCCACUGCCUCCUGCAGUUCGGUCUAACUCAUGCUGGAAUCUAUAUGUCUUUUUGCAAAUAAUUACACAUCUUUUUCAAACCCAUGCAAUCAUUCGGUCUCCCUUCUAAGCAAGUGUUUAGCCACCACACGAUCCUAACAUCCUGCUUUUCCCAUGUUAUUGUUGCGCCCAGCUCCUGUUCACCCAACUCCUCCUUGAAUAUUAGUGUGGAAAAGAAUAGGAGGAAUUUCAUGGCAUUUAUUUAUUUAUUAUUUAACCAUUUCUAUACUGGUUAAUUUAAUAUACUAAUGCAAACAAUUAAAAAACAACACAGUGCAGGGUUAAUAAAAAGUGUAAACCCACACAGCAAUGUAAAAUCAGUAAGCAACACUUAAAAAUUAGCAAGGAGUAUACAAGAUAGCUUUAAUAACUAAAAGCAAGGAAUUUAAAAAGCCUGGGAGAGGAAAAAAUGUUUUACAUAUAAUUGAGCAUUAAAAGUGGCUACUGAUGAAAAUUGAACUUCCAUCCGAAGGCAAUGUGUUUAAAACUCUUAAAAGAAACAUUGGUCAGAUGUAAUGCUUUCCAGAGGGCUAACCACCUUAGGCAACAAUUCUGUAAUUGCUUACUUGGGAAUGAAUGGGGCCCAUUCAACUCAGUAGGACUUAUUUCUGAGUAAGAUUGUAUAGGAUCUCUCUGUUAGUCUGUUGCAGCAACAGUUUUGUACCAUUUUAAGACUAACUUGGCUUCUGAUGAAAUUGACUGUAGUCCACAAAACUUUAUACCAUAAUACAUGUGUUAAUCUUUAUGGUGCCACACUACUGUUUAUUUGUUUUCAUGGGUCACAGUGUAGCAAAUGCUGUUGUUUUGAAGAAAUAGUUUAAGAAACAAGUCUUUAACUAUGCUUUUAUCAUCUUUUAAUCAAUGAACCUUACACUGAAUGGCCUUAGUAGAAAAUUACUGAGUACUUUUCCAGUCCAGGAUUCCUGCUGUGGCCAUGGUGGGCUCCUAAUAAUGGUAUUUUUAUACUCGGGAUUUGGUUGGGGACAGAACAGUUAUGCAGAGAUGCAGAAAAAGCAACCCCCCAUUAUUAAUUUUUUGGUAGACACUGACAAUUUCUUGCAAAUAUUGUUGGAAAAUAGUAGUAGCUGUGUUGACUUUUCUCUUUUGAUCACUAACUUUGGCAGAUUUUGUAGAAAGGGAAUUGAUCAAACAUUUUACAGUACUAGCAAUUUGGCUUAUACUUCCAUCUCUUCCCCAUUAAGUUGUGCAUGCUGAGCAAGCGUAGGAUGUCUAGUCAGAAAAGUCACAGUCCUAGCCAGAAAUAGGUUGGCGGUAACCAACAUAACAGUGGCAAACCUUGGUGUUCCAAAUUUCAGUGGCACCCUGUGUGACACCAAAAUCUGCACCCCAAUCCCCCCUCCCCGUCUCUCACCUUCUAUUGGAUGUCAUAGUUGUGGUGCCUCAUAGUUGCCCCAUAAGCUCCGUGCCCAGUGUGACUGCACCAUUUGUGCUCCUUUAUAUCUCCCUUUUAACAUACUGUACCUUGUUGAAUGCAUGAUAUCUAGCUCCCUGGAAUGCUGGGGUUAGGGAGAUACAGUUUAUAGAAGUUUCCGAUGCAGCUGGGGCACUUCACAGUUUAGAUUUGAUGUAGCAAUGUGUCCUACAUGCUGAAAUGUGUGGUUUUUUUUUUUUUAAAAACCCCAGCAUAGAUUUUCAGUCAGUAGGGAUGAGGGAGGUAAUCCUGCUCCCCCUGCAGCCACCCCACUCCAUGUCCCAUGCUAUUGUAAAAGGUCUUUCAGUCCUUUGGAACAGAGUUUUGGGGGUGUGCAUAGUGGAGGGGGAAUCAGCAAAAAUAAUUUCCUUUCCCAUUCCACUGAUAAAAGCACCUGCUGGAUCAAACAGUCUUUGAUUAGUGUGAGGGACGCUAUUGGAUUUAACAAAAUUCUUUUAAGAACCUGACGUGCAUUAUGUUAUAACUUAGCAGGUGGCAUUGAUAGUUUCCAUUGCCAGCUUACACUUUUCUGAAGUUUCAGUGGGCAAAAUCUAAUAGAUAGUUGAGUAUCCUAGGGUAUAGUGCAGGGUAUUUGAUCUGAAAGACACUGAGGCAUUUGUACAUGUAGAUUUCAUAAAUCAAUUUUCUGCUUAGCUAUAAGCAUCUGUUUCCAGUUUGGGCCUGCCUGAUCUUAUCUUGCUGGUGUUCUUGGUUGAAUAGCAGAUGGCGGUUCUUUUUCCUUUGGCCAGUGGAUGAGGUCUGAGUUUCUGUUUUCCCUUCCUUCUGCAGUCUUGGGGCAAUUGGUAGCUGGAGCUGACAAUUCUUUUGGCAGGUGUGGGGAAAGCAUUUACCCUUGAGCUGCCCCUUCUAUUCUCAAUGGAUGGGAUGAGGCUGGUCUCCUCCUUAACAUGAUGUUCUUCCUGGGAUGCUAGAGGAACACCUUCCCACUGGCCCUUGAUAACCUGGCUGAUCGUUCAGAGCAGUGUGUGCUGCCUUUCAAUUCCGCAGCCCCAUUUUUUUAAUUAGCUUGUACAGAAGCAUAAUACAGUGGUGCCUCGCAAGACGAAAAGAAUCCCUUCUGGGAGUCUCUUCGUCUAGCGGUUUUUUCGUCUUGCGAAGCAAGCCCAUUGACGGAUUAGCGGAUUAGCGCUAUUAGCGGCUUUUAGCGGCUUUUAGCGGCUUUAGCAGCUUAUCAGCUUAUCGGAUAAGCAGAUAAGCGGCUUAGCGACUUAGAAAAAGAGGGGGAAAAGGAAAAAAAAAACCCAGGAACUCGCAAGACAUUUUCGUCUUGCGAAGCAAGCCCAUAGCAGAUUCGUUUUGCGAGGCACCUCCAAAACGGAAAACUCUUUUGUCUAGCGAGUUUUCCGUCUUGCGAGGCAUUCAUCUUGCGGGGCACCACUGUAUAAAGGCAUCCUAUAUAUUAGGAUUGCCACACGUUUGAAUUUUCCCGGUCAUAUCGAGAAUACUGCAGCUGCAAGCAGCGUCUGAGCAGAAAUCGACUAAAUGUCUUGGAAGAUCUGGACGUAUGGCAGCCCAUGUUGGCUGGGUCAUUGUUGCUGAUUUUCCUUAGAAAUAGCUCGAAAAUGUCUUAUUUCUUUGCAGUUUUGCAAAAAAAGCUCAACUUUGGCUCAAAAUAAGAAGCUCAACAACUUUUUUGUCUGGAUUUUUACUUUUUGAAAUAUGAUAACCCUGCUCUAUAUAUAAACAUUGAUGCCUUUUUUCUCCUUACCCUAAUAUUUGCCUCUAGUAGUUUGUGCUGGUGGUUGACAGUUCUUACAGACCUACCAUUGCAUUUCUAAAAAUAUAGCUUUUAAUAUUCUAAGACCUUUGUUCUCUGAGCUAUCCUCCUAAUGAUAUAAUAGCAAAUGGAACUUUUUUUUUUUUGUAUUUGCUUUGAUAUACUCCCAAAGGCGUGUUUACAAUCUGACAUCUUGUUCCAUGUCUUUCUCCCUUCCCCUCAUCCCCUAGCUAGUGUAAUACUAGUUAGCAUAUGCUAGUUAGCAUAUGCUUCUAUGCCCUUUGGCUAGGAUCCAUAGUUUCAUGCAACUAAUUCUGUGCGCCCACUGGGGCUUUGACUUGUUUGCUGCAUGGCAAACUCAGGAGACUUUCCCAAGCGUGAAAGUUUAUUGAAGUCAGAAAUAAUUUUUAAAUAAACUUUAUUGAAUUUAUUAAAAUCCACUGGGUGAAAGUUCUUGGGUUUCUUUAGAUACUGACCAUUGUUUCGUAGUGUGGUGAAGCUGUCUGGCAGGUUUUCUGUUUCCCUUGGCUCUCUUGCUUAAAAUGCAAGGAAGACCCGAAUGGAUCCCUCUCUUCCAUCAGUCUACCUAAUCAAGCUAAUAACAAAUGGUGAGCAUUGUUAGAGGCAUUUACCUUUAUACUUCUCUUGGGACUGGUUUGGCUACUUGACAUUUCUCUGCGUAGAGCAACCUCUGGACGCAGGUGCAUGGAGGAGAAGCUUUCUGACAUGGCAUAUCCAAACUUACAGGCAGGGCAAUAUCCAGGUGGCAUGGGAUCCAGGGCCCCCUGUUACAUUUUUAUAUAGGUGCAAGUUGCUUCUGAAACAGUACAAGGAGGCGGAACCCAGUGCUAGAAAUUCUGGUAUAUAAGGUGGUCGCCAAAUGGCACCUUGAAUCUUAGGUUGCGGUCGCCACAACGGAAUGUCUAUUCGCUAGGGGUUGGAUGAAAUGGCCCUUGGGACCCCUUCUGAUGCUACAAUUCUAUGAUUCUAUGAUCUCUAUAGCUUGCUCUUAUAACAGUUCACUUGCCCAGUAUGCAAGAAGGAGAAACAUGCACAGUGGAAAUGAAAAUGGUAUGAAUUAUGGAGUAGGAUAGAGCUUUUUAAACUGUAGUUGCCCACAUGGCGCCCAGAAAGCUCAGUGUAAUUGCAAUUGGACGUGCGCCAGUAGCAAAAAGCAUCUGGCUAAUUUUGAACACCUUGGAGCAGCAUACAGUCCCAUGUCUUAAGAGCAAACAUCUAGAAGAAUCCUUAACUCCUUUAAAUAGAUGCUAGGGAUUUAACAUAUAAUAAUAAUUUAUUAUUUAUACCCUGCCCAUCUGGCUGGGCUUCCCCAGCCACUCUGGGCGGCUUCCAACAAAAUAUUAAAAUGCCGUAAUACAUCAAACAUUAAAAGCUUCCCUAAACAGGGCUGCCUUCAGAUGUCUUCUAAAAGUCUGGUAGUUGUUCUCUUUGACAUCUGGUGGGAGGGCGUUCCACAGGAUGGGCGCAACUACCGAGAAGGCCCUCUGCCUGGUUCCCUGUAACUUGACUUCUCGCAGUGAGGGAACUGCCAGAAGGCCCUCGGCACUGGAACUCAGUGUCCGGUUACAACGAUGGGGUGGAGACGCUCCUUCAGGUGUACUGGGCUGAGGCCCUUUAGGGCUUUAAAGGUCAGCACCAACACUUUGAAUUGUGCUCGGAAAUGUACCACGAGCCAAUGUAGGUCUUUCAAGACCGGUGUCAUGUGGUCUCAACGGCCACUCCCAGUCACCAAUCUAGCUGCCGCAUUCUGGAUUAGCUGUAGUUUCCGGGUCACCUUCAAAUGUAGCCCCAACUUGAAAUUGUAUACAUACAAAAUACACAUUAUACUACCACCAGGCCAGCAAAAACAAAACAAAGAACUUUAGAACUUUAGGGAUUGUGUUAUAGCAGUUAUUUCUAGGACACAUGCCUUAUCCACUUGCUUUGUACAAUAGCUUUGCUAAUAGCAAAAUGUAAAAUUGUAUUUAAUGAUAUUCUCCAGUCUUUUCAAAUAUUACUUGCUAAUGCAUAAUACUGGCAGAGCCAAAUGGAUAUGUGCCUUUCUUUACCCAGGUGUUAAAAUUUCAGAGGCAAAGCAAAAUGUGUCAUCUGAUGUUUGGAAAUUGGUAGGUGGGCAGUCCCACCCACCUGUCUAAAUGUCCCAUGAGGAUUAGGCUAUUAAAGGAUAUGGAUUACUGACUAGAAAUGCCUCCCUACUGGUUCCACGUUUAGUUCUUCCAAAGCAUAAUCAUUUAGUACUUGUAGAAACUUGACUCUUUGUUAUCACUACAUUUUCUUUUAUGUUGUCAGAUUUCUGGUAGUUGGAAUUCAUCCCUUGUUGCUUCAUUUCCAGUGCAUGUUGCAUUCCUUUCCUUUGGAGUUUGGUAUAUUACUUUUUUUCUGGCGUUUGUGUGCAUGUAUAUUUAUUUAAAGCAUUUUUAUUCAGCUCAAAAAGCUCCUGUAGUGGCUUAAAGGUAAAGGACCCCUGACAGUUAAGUCCAGUCACAAAUGACUAUGGGGUUCACGGCGUUUGUCCACAGAUAGUUUUUCCGGGUCAUGUGGCCAGCAUGAUUAAGCCGCUUCUGGCAAAACCAGAGCAGUGCAUGGAAAUGCCAUUUACCUUCCUGCCGCAGUGGUACCUAUUUAUCUACUUGUACUUUGACGUGCUUUCAAACUGCUAGGUUGGCCGGAGCUGGGACCGAACAAUGGGAGCUCACUCCGUCAUGGGGAUUCAAACCGCGACCUUCCAACCGGCAAGCCCAAAGCUCAGUGGUUUACACCACAGCACCACCCACGUCCCCUCCUAUAGUGGCUUACAUGACAUCAAAUAAAAAUACAAUAGUCAUUGCUAGUAGGUUUACACUUAAAAGACAUGAUAUAAAAUGGAUUGCGGUAUGGGGGAGAAAACAAGUAAGCUUAGGACCAAUUUUUAAAGUUAUAUAGUAGUUCCUAUAAGACCCCCUGGAAUGGAAAUAACUGAGGGAGUGGAGCAGCUCAGUGGAGCUGGUCUCUCAGCAGAGCUGAUGAAAUAUCAUGUUCACUGUCUACUUCCUUAAUUAGGAAGAUACAGUGGUGCCUCGCAAGACGAAAUUAAUUCGUUCUGCGAGUUUUUUCGUCUUGCGAAUUUUUCGUCUUGCGAAUUUUUCGUCUUGCGAAGCACGGUUUCCCAUAGGAAUGCCCUGGGUAUUAACGGUUUUAAGAAAAAGGAAGCAAACUUGCAAGACGUUUUCGUUUUUCGUCUUGCGAAGCAAGCCCAUAGGGAAAUUUGUCUUGCGAAGCAACUCAAAAAAUGAAAAACUCUUUCGUCUUGCGAGUUUUUCGUCUUGCGAGGCAUUUGUCUUGCGAGGUACUACUGUACUGUAUUUUAAAUAUUUCCACAUUAUGCAUGUGGUGAUUCCUAAUCCAACUAAUUUACUUUAUUGUCCUAAUCAUUUUGUUGUUCAUUUAUUCUAGAAGAUAAUGACGGCAAGUGCUUCUUACCCAUUAUGUUUUUCUGUCUUGUUGCAUCUGAAAAGGCCUUGAAAUUAUGAAAAUCCUCUUUAAAAGUUGCUGUCGUGUGCGGGAUUUUGCAGUUAGGAGGCAUUUGUUCUGGUGUCUCAGAACAGUUGCUUUUGAUUUUUUUCAUCCUGUAUCUUUUUGAUUUUUUUACAAAAAUGUGCAGAACAUUAGAUAGCAGCUGAUGUUCCUGUGAAUGAAAAUGGAGAUUAUAGUGAGGAAUGUAGGAUGCCUGGGGACAAGUCUAUUCACCCACUUACUUCACAGUAUAUGAAACAGUAGGGCAGGGUGGGGAGAACUCCAUUCACCCUUCCUUGUUGGAUAGUGGAGGCUUGCAGAAGUAUUUUUCUCUGCUGCCUUGUUACAAAGUCUACCUCUUCUUUCUGAGUCUUCAGAUUGGUAAAGAUGAAAGUGAAGGGAGACAGAAGGGGUUGUAUGUGGAAGAUCCUUCCAUGCCCCCUGCCGCCGCUUUAAUAUGCUGUUCUCCUUCCUUUCCUUUUAUCCUUGUGGGUAGUUCUUUUAAAAAUGCAGGUCAAAGUGAAUAGAAGUAUGAGCAGGGGCAUCUCUUAAGGGGCCAGUUUUAACAUAGGGCUUCUCAGUUGCUGAUUCCUAGGGUAGAUAUGACAUUGAUGGAGUAUGACUGCAGGUGUCAAGAUAACUGGAUAGAUACACAUGCUGAAACCAUUCUUAAAGUGGCAGUUUUGUAGAGAAGUCUAGAUUUUUGGCAUAUUUCACUAUAACUUAAUAUAUUUAUUUUGGCCUGAAGUUGAAUGAGUUUUAAUGUAGUUUUAAUGUAUUUGUAUACACUGUCUUGUGUACAAGGCUUGCAUCCAGUGUAGUGCUAAGGAACUGCCCUGUAAGCACAAUGAUUUCUACUAGCACAAAAGGACUUCCCCCGCCGCCACCCCCCGCUUGCCCCCAGAUGUGUUCUGGGGUUUUCCCUACCACUUCAAAGCAGAUUUGGGGAGGGAAGGGGGGAAAUGGGAUGACUGGGUUGGAUAUCACCCAUUAAAUGCAGUAUAUAAAUAAUUCAGAUAAACAAAUUAAGGAGAUACUGAGUGAUUAGCUUUGCCUGCAAAAGCUGUUAUGACUUUCUUAAAUAAAAUUGUGAAUCCUAGUGUAGGUAGGAAGAUGCCAAAGUGAAACAGAUUUUUGUAUGGGUGCUAAUGGAAAUGUUCACACUACCUCCUACAGCUUUGUCGCAUGUAGGGGAAGAAAAGUUGGAGAAGGAUUAGAAUUAAAAGUUUCUUAGGGCAUUGUGAAUAAUUGGCAGUUGUAAUCAUAUUUGAAAGUGUGAUAUUCUGAUGUCUCCUUUAGUUUGUUGUUUGGGGGUAUGUUUUUUCCUUCUACUUUUUUUUACAGGACUUUUAUUUUGUAGAUUAUGUUGUUAGGCUAUCUAGAAAUAACAAGCCAGGAGGAAAAAGAAACAUAAGGACAAAAGCACCAGCUACUUUUGAAUGAGUUUAUGUCAUCAGGGUUGGAUGAAUUGCAUCCCAGGAUAGUAAAGGAACUUUUUGAUGUACUCUCGGAGCAUCUGUCUAACACAGACCUUUAUCUCCCACCACCUGCCUCAUGGGCAAUCCAGCCCACUUGUUAAAGUUGACUCCUGGGGGAGGGGUCUGCUUCGCCAGUGCAUUCACCACAGGGAACAGAGUGGGUCUAGUCACUCCAUGGAUGAGCUUGAGGGUUCAAUCCUAGAAAUGAAUUGAUUGAUGAGUAUCUUGCAGCUCUCAUAACUGGAGAGCUGUUUAGCUUGGCCAAACAGAAGUUGUGCAGGCCUGACUUGCACUCUUCAUGUGUGAACUGGCCUUAGUAAGGGGGUAGGAAUAUGGCAUUUAACGUUGAUUCUGUGCAUUUUUACAUGGAAAUAAAUCCCACUGAGUUCAGUGGGGCAUAUUCCAGUUAAGUGUGCAGAGGGCUGCAGCCCUAGGCUAUGGUUCUCAGUCUCUGACUGGGAGCUUAGCAGGUGAGUCAUCUAUUAAUAGUUCUCAUGAUGCAGACUAACAUGUUCUGGAUUUUAAAAAUCUAAAAGCAACUCUCUAAAAUUAAAAAGGUAAAGGAGAUUGUCACUUUUGGAUCAGCUCUUUCCAUUGUUAAAUUCUCUUUCUCUUAGGUGGGAAGGGACAGUGAGGGGACAGCUGAUCAUUUAAGGACUGAGAACUUCCUGUGGCAAAUCAAUAAAAUGUGAGUCCUUUAAAAUUGGCUAUGACUCUUUCUCAAGGACCAUGUAUGAGAAAUAUACUGCUCUGGAUGACUACUUAUUUUACCUGCCCAGUGGGAUAGUUUGUAUAUCAUGCUUCCUAAUUAUCCCUUCAGUCUUAUUUCUCUCUGCGCCCCCUCCCCAUGCAUCAUUUCCCUUUAGUUAGUCUAAGUCUCCCAGCUACUUUCAUGAGACUGCAGCCCUAAUAGAUACUUUUAAGGUUUAGGAUUUUUAUUUCUAUUUUUAGUUGUUGGACUUGAUGAUAUUAUGGAUGAAGGAGUUAAGGAAACUGCCUGCCGUACCAUUGAUGAAGAUGAUCUUUCACCUAACAGGAAUUUGAGGGACCAAAUGGAUGGAACGUCAGUCAAAUCGCCAAGAAAAUCUCCACGUCUAAUGACACAAGGUAGGUCUUCUGAGGAAGUUCACAUUUUUAGACAGCAAAUCUCUGCAUUUGAUUUAGUGUGGGCUGAUCAGUGUGUUGGAGUCUUGGUUCACUGCUGAGUGAACACAUUCAGAUACCUAAAUGUAGUUAUAUAUAUUCUUUCUUCUUGUGUUUUAUCACUUAUAAAUGCAUCAGAUUUAUAUUUUAAGUGGAAGUACAUUAUUUGCCAUCAACAGUCUUCCCAGAGAUAAUGAGAAAUUGUUAACGUGUUAAGAUAAACUUAUGAUCACAAUGUUAAGUUAUACGAAUAAGCUUAUUUUUAGUUUACGAUGCAAUCUUAUGCAUGUCUACUUUGUAGUAAGUCCCAUUGAGUUCAGUUGUGCUCAUUCCAGGUAAGCAGGUACAGAAUUGUUCCUUUUGUCUGUUAUUUGGCAGAUAGAUAAAAAUACUAAACACUUCAUUUGCCUUUUUUAAUAGAACCAGUACGAAGUCUGCGGCAGAGCACACUAGCCAAACGUUCAAAUGCGUCACCAUCUGUUAACCCCAAAAAAUCAGCUGUGAAGUCUGGAUCUGCUCAAAAGGGAGGACUGAAACAGCAGGAUAAAGGGCAGACUAAAUGGGAAAAUAGUAGUGCCAAAGAGCAUUCAAGAGAUACUGAGCACAGUCGUAAUGAAUCCUGCCAAGAACAAGAGGCACUGGAAGUAUCACCACCACCACCACCACCACUUUCUAGCAAUGCAGAAUGGGUUGCGUGUUGUGCAACUUCAGAUGAAGUGAAAGCAGAUAGUGAACAUAAAAGUCCUAAUCAGGCAAAACUAGAGGAAGCAGCUAAUGAAGUAGGGAAUUUUUCUCACUUACCAGGGACCAGUUCCCCAACUAAAGAAACUGAAAGCGUGACAAAAGUUGUGCUGCCCUAUGGUAGUGGUGGAGUAGGCUUGGAAGCACCUGCCUUUACAGAAACUAAUAAAAUACAAAAUAACAGUCUAGUUAAAAAUGAAGGGAAUGAGACCAUGGUUAAUAAAUUCACUUCUGAAAUGCCUUCAGAUGAAAAGGCAAACAUUAAAACUGAGGAGCUGAAUGAAACUAAAAUGGAUGAGGAAAGCACGGAAACAGGGAAGGCCGAUACUCCUUUUGUUACAACAGCUUAUGAGAAUGCAAGUGAAAUUCAGGAAACCCCUUCAGUUCAGCCCAGUUUUGUGGAUGGAAAGCCUGCCUGUGCCUCAAGCUUGCCAGCUCAUCAGAUCAGCUUGCCAGAUGACAGAAAAGAGCCCUCAGAUGACUCUAGAAAGGCUGGGUUGAAAGAUCUUCCUUUAGGUAGCAUGGAACUUGACCAGAUUGAUUCAAAAGGUGUCAAUACCACUUCUGCCAAAUCAGAAACAAAUACUUUAGAAGAUGGUAUUGCUCAGUACAUUCCAGUCCAAGCUAUACAUCAAGAGGCUGACAGUGUAAAAAUGGGAGUUCAUGAGUCACCAGGCUUGCAGGAAGAUGGGCAUACUGGCAUUUCAUCAAAAUGUGUAAAAAAUUUGAAGCCCAAGCACCCCAAGUCUAAACAAAAUAAAACUGCAGCUGCCCAGCAGAAAACAGCUUCCGUAAACCAAGAGCUGCAUGGCAAAACACAUACUGUGUCAGCUGUUCACAGCCAGUCUUCAGUAAGUCUGAAGCAGCAAGUCGAGGAGCAUGGGGAUCUCCAGCAUUUUCAUAAGCCAGUGAAAGUUAAGAAAAAACAUGCAGAUAAAGAUGUGAAGGCCCAGGGCUGCGAAUCUGGAAUGGCCUUAAAGAAGCCGCUGCAAUUGUUAGGGAAAAACAUUCCACGGGGCCAAAUCCCACCACAGGUACGGAAGAUGUCCGCAGAGAGAGCAAGUGACAAGUCUUCCAGCCAUCAUUCGGGUUCAAAAGAAAUAUCACACACAGUGUCGGGACCAGCACAUCCUAAACAGGGGCAAUUAGCCCACCACAACCAGAAGCAGUUACUGAAACACCCCCUUCUUAAAGCCAAUAAUUGUGUUAAAGAAGAAGGAGGGAAAAGAGAUUCGGCAGGUGUGCCUCUGGAUAAUUUGAAAGAGGAUGAAAAAGAGAAACUGAAACUCAGAAAGUUAGAGAGGAAUCUUCAGCCUCGACAGAGGAGAAGCAGUAGAAGCCUUUCAGUAGAUGAGCCUCCGUUGUUCAUUCCAGAUAAUAUCUCUACUAUAAAACGAGAGAGCUCAGAUCACCUAUCUCCCACUGAGAGCAAAAGUCUCUGGGUACCUAGUAAGCAGUGUGGGUUUUGCAGAAAACCGCAUGGCAACAGGUGUGUGUUUGUGUGUGUAGGUAUAUGUUUUUGUUGUUCAGAUGUUUCAGUAAUCAGAUACCUGCUACUCAUGUCCUGGAGUCUAGCACCCAGACUAUCUUUUUUAAAUUAACCACAAAGCACCCUGUCAACUUUCUAACAUUAUAGGCUCUUGAGCUACACUUUCUUAAGAAAUUAGGGUAAACAAAAUAGUGAUGAGCUGUGAUUACCCAGCGUAAUAGUUUGAGUCUAUUCAUGUUUACACCGAAAUAAAUAGUUGCUGUGUUCUGUGCCGUCUGUGGCAUAGUAAAUGUGCUUCAUGUCACAACAUUGCAACAUAGAUAUGCAGAAGAGGUUUCUCUGGAGCAUUUCCUGCUGCCCCUCUCACAGUAGACAAGGCAAUCUGCUGGUCAACUUUGAACAACUUCUGUGGGAGCUGCAGUAAAAAAAAUGAUAGCUCCAACUGGUUGAAUAGCUAACAUGCUGCAUAAACAUGAUGCAUAAUUUUUUGGUAUGGGGGAUAGUAAAAGUGAUGUUUGCUAGAUGGAGGUAUGUAAUUUUCUCUGGGAUAUGUUGUUAGCUUCCUGAUACUAUCCACUGAUGUGUGUUCUUUGGAAGAAUGCAGUUGGCUUUUUUUCUGAUGUUCCAAUAAUUGGGUUCUGAUGAAUAUAUUUGGUUUAUAUUUAAUAAUAAUAAAAAUAAAUUUUUAUUUAUAUCCUGCCCUCCCCAGCCGAAGCCGGGCUCAGGGCGGCUAACAACAAUAUUUAGUAAACAAAACUAACCAAAAGUAUACAAAAAUAAUUUUACAUGGUAUUUAAAUAUCUCAAAAAAGUUUUACCCCCAGUAGUGAAAAGUAGUUGAACUGAAAUAUAUAAUCAGGAAAUAAAAUUGCUUCACUUAUGUUUGAUUAGGAAAUCAAGCUCACUUAAUGUGUUUUUAAAAUGGCACACUUUACAAGUACAGUGGUACCUCAGUUUAUGAACAUAAUCUGUUCUAGAGGUCCGUUCUUAAACCAAAACCGUUCUUAAACCAAGGCGCGCCAUCCCUAAUGAGGCCUCUCACCGCCAGUGCCCUUCUGCCGUUCGGAUUCUGUUCUUAGACCGAGGUAAAGUUCUCAAACCAAGACACUAUUUCCAGUUUUGCUGAGUUUGUAAACCAAAUCGUUCUUAAACCGGACUGUUCUUAAACCAAGGUACCACUGUAUUGAAGAUGUAAAAAUUUAAACAGGAUGACUUAAUGGCUUAUGCUUCCCUGACAUUAUUUAAAAGUUAAAGAAUUGGGGAGUUGUAUUUCUCAUCACUAAUUGUGUCACAUGAUAAAAACAGCAUGAGCCUAUUAAAAAAAAAUAAGUUGGAAAACAAAAACCUUUAAAGAUAUUAUUUUCAUAGGUCCAAAGAAUUCUGUAUUCCCCUUCUUACUGGUAAUCAUCUAAAAUAAUAAUUAACACUUUGAAACUGCCCAUUUUGCCUGGUAUUUUAGCUUUUUAUUGUGUUACACAUUUUAUGAAAAGAAUGGAUUUUAAGAAAUGGAUUUAUCACAUCAGUGCUGGCAUCUGGAAACAUUGAUUGGCUUUGUUUGGACAUCAUGCAAAUCAUAGUAUAAUGCGAUAAAAACCUGGUGUAGCUCUGAGGAGAUUGGAAACUUAUUCACUUCUGGUUCCUGUUAAUCACAGUUUAGUGUGUUGUCAUAACCCUAAACUGUGAUGAAGUUAACUAGUUCAUUUAAACAAAUAUCUUCAUAUCCCAUUUUUGAAGUUGACCAACAAGCAUAAUAGACCUUAAUCAGUUUGUUGGUGUCAGGGAACUGCCAUCAGUGCCGGAGGGAGAAAGCAAAAGCCAGAGGGAUUCCAGAGAGCAUCCAGGGAUUGGGAGAAGCAGCCCGUCUUCUGGGGAAGAGAAUCAGCGUAGCACCAGUGGAGAAGGGGGGCAGAUGGGGGAAGCGACGAGGCGGUCCCAUGACUCCUUGCCUGGGACCAGCGGGGAGAGUAGAGGUCCUCCGCUGCCUACGCCCUCCUUGCGCAGAAGGCUUUCGCGCAGAGAGAGUAGGAGGAGACUAGGCGUCAAAGAGCUUCUUUGCUGGAAGAAGUUUAAGAAACGCCCACUGACGGAUUCUGCCAGCGAUUGAGUCAGCCACGGGUGAGUGGCUGUCCGGACAGAAAAGGUUCACUUUGGCAACCCAGCCAGGUGUUUGCACCCAGCCGGGGAGACAGGCACCUGCUUACGCACGAGCAACCCCCAGAACCAUUACAGUUGGUUUGGACAACAUGGCAAGUGAUAGAAAAGCAACAAUGGAAGCAAGAGUUUCUGAACUCUUUUAUGGCCACACAGGAGGAGGGGCUAGAGAGUGUGAACCUAAACCUCACUGUAGCUUGUUCUUUUUAUGCUAAAUUGUGGUUUAACAUGAUGUCUGAACUGAGCAAUUCUGUGCAUAGAAAUUUGAAUUUCCUUUUUUUUAAAAAAAGGUUUCUGUAAUUUAAUAGAUACCUAACUGUUGGUAACAGUGGUAUCUCAUUCUUCUGUUGAAAACGUUUACCACCUUUCUUUGUGGGUAUUGUUUAAAAUUGUGGAGUUGUAUUCAACUAAAAUAAUUGCAUGUGUGGAACAACUUUUCUUCCCUUGUGUGCCCACAAAUCUGCCCUCUGGAAUGUGGAGGAAGGAGAGGAAGGAAAAGUUCUGUUGCACUUGUGGAAGAUAUUAUGCAAUUAUUUAGUUGGAUACAACAUGUGGUUUUUAAGAUAUCAGUUGCCUAUUGCGUAUUAAAUUGAUGGUCUCGUUCAGGUUGUUGGUACUGGUGGCAGCGUAAUGCAUUGGACCCAGACUUGUCCCUGCGUAAAUUGAAGGGCUGUUUCCAUUCAUCCUAGGAUCUGGGAUGCAGUAGGGCCUUUCUUUUAGAGAAAGGGGCAAGUCCUCCAUUUACUACCUUCCAUACUGUUUUGGAAGAUCAUCUAACCAUGCACUCAGUAGAAUUCAAGUGGGGGAAAAAGUCAUUGGGUCUUCAUUGCCUAAAUUUUAGUAGCUUUUUUAUUAUGCUUUAUAGUGUGCAGCUGACAGAAUAAAUGAUGCCUGACUUUAGAACAAUGUAAAAUUAGUCCCUGCCAUUAUAAGCAUAAUUUGAUGACCUCUUCCUCCAAAUAAUACUGGUUCUGAUAAGUAGAAAUUAUGGAGUAUAGGAAAGUUAAGCUGGCAUUUUCAGCAUGGUGAAUAAAGCUGUAUCCCAGCAGCCCUAAUGGGCAUGCAUAAAUUUGCAUUCAGGAGUUUGCCUUAUUCUUAUUGAUAUUGGGUAGUGUUGCAUGUGUGCAGCAGGGAAUAAUUAAAAUAACAUUUACACAGAAAUAUGUGUUCAUUUUGGCUGUUAAAACUAAUGCUGAGUUUGGUUAAUACGUUGUAAUACGUUGUACUACGUUGUAUUUAAAAUGAAUUUAAAUGUGUAGUCUGGGGAUCUUCUGCUUGCUGAAAAUAUAAGUGUAAAGGGAAACAUAUAUAAAAACAUACUUUUUGAAGUAUGCUUACCACUGUACUUUCUAUAGUUUGGUUCUUUUUUUACAUUUGGAAUAGAGUCACUUUCACUUAUGGUGUACUGUUUGCCACUUGAUAAUUAAGUUAGUUCAUUAAUAACUUGCUUCACAUGGUAAAAUAAUAUUUUUUUACGUUUUUGGAAAAGUGCAUCUAGUGAUCCGCACUUGCAAUGAUACUACUAUUUUCUUUUUAAUCCAGUUACGCCAGGUUUCCUUUCAGGCUCAAUUCUAACUUGAAACAUUACUUUUUGUACCGGGGCUCUCGGCAGUGGUUUAAAACUGCAGCGCCCUUCACAUUGUGUAAAGUGGAUCCACAUGAUGAAACCACAGGGAGGCCACACUGCUGGUCCACUCACCCAGCUCCACUUCUUACCUCUGCAUUUGAACAAAUGCCUGAAGCGGGUAGGCAGUUGCACUUGUAGAGUCUCCUUCCAUUUGAUUGCCAGCUUGUACUUUGGGCCUUUUGAUCAUGUAGAAAAACCUUGAGAAAUAUAGCUGGCUUUCCCCUUCAGACCUUUGCUCGAUGCUCAGAGGUGGAAGUGGAGCGAGGCAAGCGGGCGAAAUGUCCAUGGCCAACCACUCUUAAUUGUGUGUAGCCUGUUCACUUGGAUCAUGUGUGAAAGGGGCUUGUUUCUCUUAGAAUUACGAAUAUCCUACUGAGAAUUAUGAGUAUCUUACUGAGAAAUGUUUGAAGUAUCUUUUCAGAAGAAUGAUGUGAACAGAGGUCAUACUACGUCAUUAAAAACUGCAUAGGAAUAUAUUGCUGCAGUACAGAUGUGCACAUUAAACGGUGGAUUGGAUCAAUACUAACAAAAUAAUCAUAUGAAUGUGUCCUCCAAUGCAUGUAUGUAUCAUGUUUGCAGCCCAAGGGUGGAAUCCAGAGCUGACCUCUCUACUGACAGAAGGCAUUCAUCAGAGGAAUUGGGGUGGGAGGAAAUUUUCAGUGAUUCCUUGUCCAUCUUGCCCCUCCUUAAAUCUGCUUCAUAGGAUUUUGGGGCUACCAUAUUUUUGAAGGGCAUGGGGGUGGGGUUGCAGGUGGAGGGGGUAUUACCAAAAAUCACUGCCCUCCCACAGGUUCCCCAUCUCUGUCCAACACUUAAACAUUUUACUUUUUUGGAGGGUAAUUCUCUUUUUCCUCCCCUUGCCCCUGCUUAAGUUCUUCUUUAGCAUUUGAAGAUCAGAUUGUCCUUGACAUGAGAAAUUUUUUACAGUUAUGCCCUCAGUGUGGAAUUUGUUGUAGAAUCAGGGUCUUCCAUGUUUGCCAAUCUACAAUACCUACUCCAGUUCAUUUGUGUUUACAGUGGAUUAACAAUUUAUCUUUAUGUAAUUAGCUACAUAUACUUCUUAAAUAGUGGUACAUUUUUUAUACUUUAUUCCUGUAAAGUUUUAAGAAUUAGCUUCCCUUCUUUGUGUCUGUAAAAACAAAGAGUGGUUUCCCCCCUAAAUGCUAGAUAAGGGUAUAAUUUAAAAUAUGCUAAAUGGCUAUAUAUGCUAUAUUGAAAUCGUGUAUUUUGUAUAGCCAUACCAAGAAAUCUGAAAAUGUUUUUCAACAGAGUAGUUACUAAAAAUACAGUUGACAGUAUUUGUUUCACCCUACAUGAUCUUGCUUCACAUCGAAGAAUGGAAAGGGGAGUGAAGAAUGACUUUUUGAAUUUACUAACUAGUUCAUGAAUAUGCUGCUCAAUUUGUUUACAAGAGCAAUUUGUUUACAAGAGCAAUCUGUGCUAUGUAUUUUAAAUAAAGUUAAUUUUGAGUUGGUGUAUCAUUUUUUAAAAACUUGCUUUCGAACCCAACAAAAUUAUUUUGAAUGUCCACAUUCCACUUGGGUGACUGCUUAUUUGAAAAAGAUAGUCUGGACGUUGCAUUAGUAUAUUUUAAGAGACUCUGUAUUUACAGUAACAAAACCAUGGUUCAGAUACAUUUAUUGCUUUACUCUGUUUUCAGAAGGCAGUACAUUGUUGCAAUCAGAACAUCUGUUUUAAAAAUUGGUGCUUAAGUGAACUGUGUACAACCAGUACUUCAUUUUGUUUUCUUAAAUGUUUGCAGCAUGUUGGUUUUAAUGCAAAGCUUAUUGAAACACUUUGAAUACCACCCCAUUAUUAAUAUUUUUAAAUGAUUUUUUCUUUCUUUCUGUUGCAGUUACACACCUGCUAAUUCAGCCUUACAACAUGAGUAGCGCUUGGACAUCAAACUGUGAAGCUGUCUGCAGCCAGAAUUUUUAGUAUUAGCUACAGUUACACACACCUUCAAAAGCCACGGAAAAAGAAAUUGUUUGGCCUUUAAAGCCGUCUUCAGCUCUUCAUAAAUGAUUCUCUCCUUUUAGACAUUUGGGGCAUCUCCCUUGCUCCUUGACAAGUGAGAUUCCUUAUUACAGAGGUAGCGAGGGGGGUGGAGUCUUGUGGUCCUGCAGAUACUGUUGGACUCUCAUCCACCCUAAUCAUCAUGGCUAGUUGAAGUCCAGCAAUCUCUGGAGGACUGCAGGUUCCCCACUCCUCUCUUACUAACUUUGCUACAUGCUUGUUAGCUAUCCUACAUAUACACAGUAUUCCUAGUGCCAGUACUAAAAUUCAGUCUCUAAUGGACAAAAUUUUUAAAUGAAUUCAGAACAGCAAAUUGGGGUCUGAUGUUUACUUGGAAAAUGCUGGCUUUCAUUUUUGUAAACUUUCAUUUUUGGCUGGCAUGUCUAUCCCUGCCACGUUCAUAUUCUCUUUAUCAAAGUGAUGAAAAGAAAAGACAAGGAAAUGCCCAUUGUGUUUGGAGAGUAAAUUAAAUACCUUUAUUUUGUAUUUGUAGAACUAAAUUAGAGCUUUGUAAGCUGAUACAGAAUAUAGUUAGCCAGCUAGCUUAAGCCGCCCAGAGUGGCUGGGGAAACCCAGCCAGAUGGGCAGGGGUAUAAAUAAUAAAUUAUCAUUAUCAUUAUCAUCUGUUAACUAUUCCCAUGUUUGUUCUGUAGGCUUGAAUUUUCCUAUAGCAAACCAAGCCAUAAAUUGGUGUAUUUGUCAAAUCAAAUUUCUGUUUAUGGGUAGGAUCACAGUAUACAUUUAACUUGUAAAUAAAGUUCUGAAAGAGCUCAUUAAGAGCUAGUAACAGUCGUAUAAAUUGGGAUUGACACAAAUGGUCAUUAUUCCAGACUGGAAUUUUUUAAUUACAAAUAUGUACUUAUUCAGAAUUCAACACAAACAAACAUGCUUACAGGUUGUAUGACAUUAACUCUUAAGUCUGAAAAAAUGAGAGUUAAAUUGGAACAGAAAUUACAUAACAAAGAGUCAGAUGUGUGUACAUAGUUUAAGCCUGUGUUCAUAAAGAUUUAUUUCAGUUGGUGUUUAACUGAGUUUAGUCACUUGACAAAAGCGAUGUACAGAUCUGAUAAUUUGUGAGCUAUCUUGAUAGCCUGCUCCUUGUUUGUUGCCCCCCAUCCCAGUCAAUGAAUAACUGAGCCAUAAGGAGUCCACCUUGGUGUUAUCUUGUUUCUUUGCUUUUCUACUGUAAUGCUCUUGCUGAAACAACAAAUUCAGAAGCAGGCUUGCCCUUUUUAAAAAAUCAGAAAAUAUAGAUUCAUUUUAAUUUACCUAAACAUAAUUGCAGCUGCUUCGUGAAUGAUUGUGGCAGCUGCUGUCUUUUGUUCAGGACACUGGGAGCACUGCUGUGAUUGAUCAACAGUUAUGUUUAUGUGCUCACUAGUUGUUUUAGAACACUUUUCUCCUCUCUUGAGUGUGCUUAGCAUCUGAGUGAGUGACUGCUAUUGAAAGUACAAUACCCCCUUAUUGCUGUUCUGAACACUUUCCCAUAUUGACCAUUUCUUUCUUAAUUGGAAUAGUCGCUGCUAGUAUUUCAAAAGUAUGAAAUUAAUUCUGAUUCCAAACAUAAUGUCCGUAACCCAAAAUGGGCAGGAGUUCCCCAUAACCUUUUCGGGCAUGGGGUGAAGGGAACACUUUUCUAUUUCUAUAUGGUCUCCCUACAUUACAAAUGCAGUCUUCUUUAUGCACACCAGAGAUGCAAGAUCAUAAAGCCUGAAAGGGCUUUCACUAGUCUGGGGAUAGGCAGUGUGAUGUCUGGCAGGGAGGGAGGACAGGAGGACUAUAACUCAUCAUCCCUGACAGUUGGCCUUGCUGAUUAGGGUUGGUGGAAGUUGUAAUCACAAACAUCCCAAGGGCACCAUAUCGGCUACUCUGGCCAGGUCUAUUUUUCUGCCAAUUCCUUAUCUUUUAAAUAUCCACAUUUCUAUGAGGAGGAGGACUUUUUCUUACUUUUAUUUCAUUCCCUUAUCGCUACAUUUAGACAUUCAAUUUCUAUCAGAUUUUUAAAGCAAAGAAAUACAAUUAUUUUCACACUAAAUCUGAACAUUUAGUCCUCCACAUAGUUCAGCUUUCAGCAGAUUGAAUCUACACAAUAUAACUUGAAUAUGGAUUUAUCAGACAUAACUUCAUAUUGUCAUAAUGAGAUUUGCAACAAGUUUUGGGAUCCUUAAACUGGAACAUGACAUUCUAGAAUGUUUUGGUUGUGAUGGAAAAUGUCAUGAUUCCCCCGCCAUAGAAAACAAAGCAAAAUCAGUUCCUGGUUUUCAAAUAUGCUAGUUUUUAUGGCCAUUUUGGAAAUUGUGAUAGGCUCAAAUUACGGACACAGUUACCUGACAGAAAAUUUGGUUGAAACCACUAGUGCUUAUUAUCAGGUAAUAUGUUUAGUAAUAGGCUAGACUAAAAAAGCCUAGAAGAUAAUCUGAAAUACUUUAUAAGUUUUAUGUAUGAGCUGACAGCUGAGAUUUGUUUCUUACGCCUGAAUGAAGCAUAAAGAAAUUGUUAAUGGAACACUACACCCCCACCCCCCUCUGAUUGUUAGAAGCCAAAUAGUCACAUAUGUAAGUAUUGGCUGGAAACCCGUAUGGUAAAACUCUAGUCCAAGUAACUAUGAAUAUGAAUCUGUACUUGGAGUUAUUUCACCCCUCUGAGCUUGAGCUGUCUUUAGUGGUGCAAGAAGAAGUGAAGUACACUGUUCUUACUUGUUUCUUACUUGACAUAGUUUAGAAAAGGCCAGUCAUACUCUAGGAUCCCAUGCUCUAUAGCAUUCUGGCUAUGUAUUGUGUACCUCAGCAGGACACCCCCCCCAAAAAAAACACACACCAGGAUUUAUCGAGUAUCAGGCAGGUCUAUUAUUACUGUUAUUGUUAUUAGAGGAAUGUGAGUUAGCAGUGUAGAACAAGACAGAUACUAAGGUUAUUGGGCCACUUCAUUAGAAUGGUUGCUUUCAGUUACUUGGAGCAACAAACUAUUGGGCGGACUCAUACCAUGUAAUGGCAGGCUUGUUAGGAAUUGCCUUAGUGAAUCUUGACAAAAAGGUUGUCCGUGUUUGCAUCUUCCUGAUAAGAUCUUAACACUAGAACUUACAAAUCUUUGUGAAUAAUUUAAAUUCUAUAACAAGUAAAUUUGUGGGGGGAAAGUUACCCAAGCUGUUACGGAGCACUUUUAACAUUGAUUUCUGCUCUCUAGUGAGUACUUCAGUCUUCUUGUUAUAAACAUGAGGAGGGAAUUUAACGUGUUAAUUGAGGUGUUUGGGGGCAGGGGGAACGAAGGCUGCUUGUGCAGUGAGUUUUGGCUCACUCCUUACAGCUGUGCCCCCCACCGGUUCUGGUGGUUUCUGCAACCCUCCAGGGCAGAUUUAGGUGGUGCAGAGAAGCAGUGUGAAAAGUCCUGUUGCAUGAGCAAUCUCUGCAUGCAACAACUUAGUUGAAUACCAUCCAUAAUUUUCUGGAUUCCUGUCUUUGCCAAAUGCUUGAAAGAUAGAAAUUCAUAUCCACCAGAAGGCUGCCCUUAAGUUUCCCUCAACUGUUUCAACUCCACCUUGUUUUCUAUAUCAUUUUAAGGGGAAAUUCAAAAUGCAAGAGAUUGGAUGUCCAUAAAAUGGUACACCCUUCUCCCUCCCUAGAAAAUAGAGAAAGUAAAGACUACUGAUGAGUGCAAGGGGAAGUUAAGAUUAUUUCUCGGUUUGGGUUAUCUUAAGUUUCAAUAUUAUGAAAAAUGUAAGGUGCCCUUUAGGACAAAUAUCUAUUAGGAGAUUAAUUGCAAAAUAGAAUAGAUCUAUGAAAAGACCAACUUUUAUUCUGUUUAGGAAUGAAAUUGUUUCUUGCACUGGAAUUGUGAACUUCUGCUUCACUAACUUUGUUAGUUUGUGGCAGUUGCAGCCAUGCUUGUUUAAUGAUCUAGAUAAAGCUGCAUUUUGAAUAAUGCAAGGAUAUAAAAUGUCAUGUGAUGCCCAGUUGGCCAGCUUAGGUCCUCUUUUGCUAAUAUUUUGGUGAUGUAUGAUAAUUUGAUUAUAUUUUUCUGUUGUGCUGCAUCAUUUUGUACUAUGAGAGGCGUAGCAUAUUUGGAGGGGCACAUAUACUUUUAAAGGUGUAUAAGCAACUUAAUCAGUUUCUUUUCCGGGUCUAUUUGAUAGCCGAAGAAUUCUUUGAUUCUUUGCUACAUUUCUAAAUUAGUGUGACAAGAUCCAAUUUUGGUGUCACCUUGGCAACUCCUACCAUGUUGUAAGGCUGGAGCAGUGGAUGCAAUCUCCAACAAGCUGAGUGGAGCCAGUGCUGCAAUAUACUCCCUUUAAGAUGUGAUGUUUUUACAGUCGAGGAAAUGUAAAGUCUUAAGCACAUUAAGUCAUUUGUUUUUUCUUGUUUCAGGUUUAUGGUAGGCUGUGGCAGGUGUGAUGAUUGGUUUCAUGGUGACUGUGUUGGUCUGAGUCUUUCUCAAGCACAGCAAAUGGGAGAAGAAGACAAAGAAUACGUAUGUGUAAAAUGUUGUGCUGCAGAAGACAAAAAACCCGACCCUGUCAAUCAAAAUAUACCGGAUGCACAAGUGAAACCGGAAACAACACAAGAAGGUAGAAUGAUGGAGUGCGAAAAGCCUGGAAUAGCAAAACAAAUCUCCAUGUGUCCACAAAGUAAAACAAAGCAGGGAGAAGAGACUAUGAAGCACAAGGUCAAAAUUUUUAAAAGGGUAAGAAAUGCUAUUGUAGUUGCUAUAUAAUAAUAAUAAUGAUGAUGAUGAUGAUGAUGAUAAUAACAACAACAACAACAACAACAACAGUAACUUUUGUAGGCUCCUGUAAUUUUUUAUGUGAUUUAUAAGACAAGGGGAUACAUAAUCUCUUAACACGGUUUAAGGAAUUUGCAUAUAUUGACUGAAUUCUGUACAAUUUUUGAACAAGGCUCAUUGGAGAUUAUGUAUAUUGACUGGGAAACGUGCAUCAUUCCAUCCUCAUGAAUGGAUUAUGAGCACAUGCACCCUGAACCCUGGUGAAUGUGCAGAAUGUCUGGUGAUUAUGUACUUUAACAACUCAACUUGCAUUACCCCUAACAUAAAAAUAUAUAUUCUGCCUAUCUGCACUCCCAACGUAGAGAAAAAUAACGAAUGACAGCUCUCCGAAUUCAUUGAGGAAUGUAUGGUGUGAAUGUGAACCUCACAGAAGGUUCUCUGCUCUGGUGAGGCUUUCAUGAAUAGUGGUAUAUAAAUAUUUUUAUGAAUAAAUAAACUUGUGGCCUCAUGUUUUAGUGCAUUAGGUGUUAAUAUUCUGUUUUGGGGCCUUUUGCUGGGCUUCAUAGGCAGAGAUGCCAGAAAUUUAUGUUCAUUUAAACGAAACUUCAGUGUGCAUAAUUUCCUCUGUUUUUUAAUCUACAUCUAAUCAACACACACACACAUGUAAAUGUAUAGGUAUAAAACUGAUCAUUCUGUUAGAAGGGACUGCAGUCCAAAUGCUUUCUAAGAUUUCUUAACACUUGUUGCAGGAAUCUGGUGAUGGAAAACCAGUAUCAGAAUGCAGAGAUUCUGAAAUGAAAAAAAGGCAGCAAAUUCCUGUUAGGAAAACAGGACAAAUGGUUCCAUGUCCUCAGCGAUCAGCGGAAGACAAACACGAAAGAAUGAAUAAAGACAAUCUCAAUGUCUCUUGUUCAAGUGAAAGCACAACAAAAACCGGUAACUAAAAAUUUUGAAGUUGCUUUUUUUUUAAACAAAAACAAAAUCACAUUUAAAAUAUAAUUUUAAUACGGUACAUGGAAUGAAAUAUAUAAGUGCUCAUUUUAAAUACUGCUGUGUGGGUUGCAGCUUAACCUGACAAUGGAAGACUUGGACUCCUAAAAUAUUGCUUUCAUUGCUGGAAAUAAAUAUUGUGAAGGGGGACAGCCACUAAGGGCUCAUUGGACUUGGGUGCCUAUAGUGACAAGAGAAGGCAAGUUGCUUCCUCAUGCAGGCUUUAGGAUCCUACAAACCAGGUCUUUAAUAAAGCAUACAAAGCUAUGGUCUACAAUUUGGAUUCCUUAACAUAAAUUUCAUUAAAGAAGGCUGACUUUUAAUGGAAAGUAUUUAGGAUCAGUUGAGUAAUUUGCUGUCUGUCCCGUAAUUUCUAAUAGAGAUGGACUUGGUUUACAGGUUGUUGUUUUUUUUAGUAAGACAAUGCCUAAUAUUGUUUUGUACUAAUCCCAACAGGAUAAUCAGUUGUGUAGAUCCAAAAUUACGUAAUUGUAUGUUCUUUCAAAUGUAACAACGCCUUCCCUUCAACCUUGUGAAAUUUCAAAUUCAAGUUAUUAAAGCUAUCCCAUGAUGUGACAUUUAUAUUUUAAUGCAGGUGUUCAGGAUAAACAGGAAGUAAAGAAAAAGAAAACGGAGAAAGGGGGAGCAACCAGUAAUGUACACCCAGCUCCUGCCCCUGCAUCCAAACCUUCCACUGAUCAAAUAAGGCAAAGUGUUCGGCAGUCUCUUAAAGAAAUCCUGGAGAAAAGGUGCGGCCGACGAGCUAAACAAAUUGUUAAUGUCUCGAUUGUUAUUGUUUCCUGGUGGAAACCAAACCAAACCAAACCAAAAACAUAUGAUGUGUGUAUUUUUCAGGCUUGCAGACUCAACACUGAAGAUUCCUGAAGAAAGAGCAGCAAAAGUUGCAACUAAAAUUGAAAAAGAACUAUUUUCUUUUUUCCGAGAUACUGAUUCCAAGUAUAAGAAUAAGUACAGGAGCUUGAUAUUCAAUCUGAAAGAUCCCAAAAACAAUGUAGGUGAUGUUAUCUAUGUUUGAUACACAUUCUGAAAUCUUUCCGUUAGUACUUGACUUUCUUAACGGGGUCAGUGUGAUAAAAUAUAACCUGCUUAUGGUUCUCUCCCCCCCCCCCCAAGUGCUAGCAGUGUUGUCUUUCAGUUAUUUUGGUAGCAUAUCCAUAUUGAAUAAUGUUUGUGACUGACGAUGGGUAGAGUCUAGUCCCACUGUUGACCCAUGGAAUAACUUGUUUCAGCAGGCAUCUCCACUAAUGUAAUAGAGAAGUGGAGCUUAUAUCCUCCCUCCUCUUGCAAUCCUCUGUGGUAUCACUCUCUAUUAAAACCUGGUGGUUGUGGGUGGGGAAGGGGCUGCAAUGGGAGGGGGAAACUUCUAAAAAUAUUUCUUCUUUUCUUGUGUUAGUGAAGGAAUUUUGUGGGUCAAAAACUGUUAUGUGAGUGGAACAGCAGCAUUGGAUUCCACCUGAAAAAACGUGGGUCAGCCCAAUCUAUAAGCUCACUUCUUUAUGAUUCCUUGCUAUUGUUGUUCUCUGUUGACGUCUGUAAAACUAAAGUAUUGCUGAAAGGUACAUAGAUAUGCCUGCAGAUCAAGUCUGCCAAUGAAAUAAGUUGUCUGAUAAAACUCCAACUUUCUGUGUGUUCUGGGAGGUUUCCAUUCCUGCAUUCUAAUGUUUCUUGUUAUGUUUAACUAUACAAAAUUCUACAAAGGAUCCAUAUGUCUAUUGCUUUGUUCACCUAAUUUAAACUACCAGUACCUCUUCAAAUCUUUUUCCUUGGUGAGAAUUUCAUUUUUCAAUAACUAUUGUUUGAAAAAUCAGCCACUGAAAACUCACCCGAGUUUCAUUUUUCGAGAUGUGUCCUUCAGGCUAGCAAAGAGAUAUUUAUUUAUUUAUUUAUUUAAAAACCAUUAAAACAUGCUAAGGAUUUUUAAAGAAUCUGACUUCACUUUGUGAAAUGGUGGAUCCAUUAAGGACAUUAAUGUACAACUAUUUGUAUCUCUGUGUAGAGAGGGCAGUUUUUAAAAAUGAUGUACAGGUGAGACUGAAAAAACUCAGUUUUCUUUUCUGGUUGAAAUUGAAUUAGAAGCCUGUAGAUUAUUAUUUUUUAAUUGUUAGCUAUAACUAAUUACUGAUUGUUUCCCCAGAUACUGUUCAAAAGAGUACUGAAAGGUGAAGUAACUCCAGAUCAUCUCAUAAGAAUGAGUCCAGAAGAGCUGGCUUCCAAAGAACUAGCUGCAUGGAGGAAAAGAGAAAACAGACAUGUACGCUUAAUCUACAGUUAUUUAUUUAAUGGAACACCUGUUUCCUAGUGCUAAUCAAUACAUAUUUCAAAACUUUCCACUUGUCUUCUGUGUUUCCUGUUCACCAUCUGAAGUCUAAUGGCUUCUUUCUCCAAUGAGCAACUGCAGUGAAUUUUAGGUGGUUGAUUGUGUUGUAACUGCAGUGUGAAUUUACAAGGGCUUGUUUAAAUCACUUACAGCUAAAAUGCUUUUGAAAAUAGAACAACAACAACAAGAAGCACAAAAUUCGUUGUAAAACAUGAGCUUAAUUGAUCAAAAAAUGUUGAUCUGUGGGACUGGUACAAAGUGGCAAAGGGAAAAUAUUUUACUGUUCCUAAAUUACAAGCAGACCUGUAGAUUUCCAGAAUCCCUGCAAAAAAUUGAUGUGAUAGAUACAUGUGUUCUCUGUUCAUACAGUUAUUGUACAUUCUUUCCCACCUGAUAGGUUCUCUCUUUGUGGAGGCUAGACCAACUUGUGUCUGAGCCUGGGGCAGAUUGCUUCCUCACCCCCAACUGUGUUGCCAAAUACAUCCCUUUAAUUAGUCCUACAGAAGUAAAUAUUUUCUAGGGGAAAAUAAAGGGAUGCAUUUUACAAGAAUGUGAUGUGUUGGGUAGGCCCUAUUGCACCUCUGGCGCUAUCGUAGCCUUUGCUUUCUUCCAAAGAAGUGAAUACCUACAAAAAUAAAACCAAAAUCUUUGGUGGCAGCGUGCUCCAAACGUCCCAUUGAUGCUGCUUAAAGCCUAUUCAGUGUGGCUCUUAUUAUUGGUUUGGAACUUGCUUAUCAGUGCAUAGUUUUGAAAUAGUUCAUCCUUGAUCCAGUGACCAUCUUUCUACUGAAUACAAGAGUCAUCCUUCCAGAAGUUUAGCCAUUCCAUCCUUGGAAGCUGAGGAAAUUGGGAGAUAACGGCUGAAUUUAGACAGUUUGCUGUGGUUUAGCAGAGAGCAAGCCUCAGGCUUGUCAUCUUCCUUUACCUCUCUCCUUUUCUGGUAUGGCUGUGAGAGCAGGGUGGGAGACUGAAAGCUUUCGCUUCUGUUUUUAGCUAACUGCAUUAUGCCCCAAACACAUACCGACUUCAAACGGUGACAAGAAGUUGUCCUGUUUCAAUAACGCAUAAUUAAGUACAAUUUAGGAUGCAGGCAUAAUGUGAAAUUAAUUGGAAAUGGAAAUGGGAGCUUCCAGUUGAAGGGGAGGGGAAGGGAGAGUGCACGAGCUCAAGUCUUCUGCAUGUAAUGCUCAACUAUAGUUCAGCUUUACAGCCAGGCUCAUGCCUCUGGCUGUGAAGCAAACAUGGAAUAAUUGUAUCCACCAUCUGUUGCUCUCUCUAGAUCUUCUACGUAUUCUUCAUACUAAACAUCCAAUGAAGGAGGAGGACUUUAGUUUUCAUCUCUCGGACAACUAUCUUCUCUUAGGUUUCAUUUCCCAUCAUCCUAACCCAGCAUGUACAGUGUUCAGGGAUUAUUAUGGGAGUUGCAAUUAAGCAACCUUUCCACCCAUAUUUUGGGGCUGCAUCUGGUGAUGUUUUCAUAGGUUUUUACACUGUGUAUCUGUUCUGUUCUUUGUUGUUUCUUGAUAGACAAUUGAGAUGAUUGAAAAAGAGCAGAGGGAAGUCGAAAGGAGACCAAUCACAAAAAUUACUCAUAAAGGAGAAAUCGAAAUUGAGAGUGAGGCACCGGUAAAAGAGCAAGAAGCACCAAUGGAAAUUCAGGUAUCACAGCAAAAAUAUUGUUUUUUUAACAAAAUAAGUUGCGUUAUUUGUUUAAAACAAACAAUGCAUUGGUUCUGUUAAGAUAGAUAAAGUGUCUGGGCUGAGACAAACCAUAACCUUGGGUUUGGGUGUAACACAAGCCAAACCAUGUCUUAGCCCCAAGAAGCACUGCAGCAGCAGGACUGGGGGAGGAGUGUAGCAAUUGCAAUCUGGGCACCUACUCAUUUGCAUUAAGCUAUGGUUUGGCUUAGCAUUACCUGUGAGCUGGACCUCUGUAUGUUGUGACUCUGAUCAUAAAGUUGUAUUUUUAUUCUAUAUAAAAUAAAAUUGUAUUAACAAAUUGUCUGUCUCUCCUUGUUUAGGAAACCCCUCCAGUUAAGAUUGUGGAGAAAACGGAACAGAUUGAUAAAGAUAAAGAAGUGGAUGAAUCCGCCACUCCUGAUACAACAAGUCAACAUAAGAACCAUCUGUUUGACCUCAACUGUAAAAUUUGCAUAGGUAGUAUUAACUUUUGCAUGCUUAAAAACCAGUUGAGAAGUUGGGGCUGCAGAAGUUGAACAUCUGCAGAGCCACAGGUUCCCCAUAGCUCCCGUUAUGGAUAGCUAGCUCUUAAUUUCAGUGAGAGUAGCAGUGGGAGUGGCACAGUCUGAUAAACUGUCCAUUUAUUUGCUAUCAGCCCCUCAUUGUAUCCUUAUAACAGCCCAGUGUUAGGCUGAAAGACAGUGACUCGUCCUAGGUCACUUGGUGAGUUUCCAUGGCUGAGUGGGAAUUUGAACUGGUCUCCCUUGUUCUAGGGACGCGGGUGGCGCUGUGGGUUAAACCACAGAGCCUAGGACUUGCUGAUCAGAAGGUCGGCAGUUCGAUUCCCUGCGACGGGAUGAGUUCCCGUUGCUCUGUCCCAGCUCCUGCCAACCUAGCAGUUCGAAAGCAGAUCAAAGUAGAUAAAUAGGUACCGCUCCAGCGGGAAGGUAAACGGCGUUUCCGUGCACUGCUCUGGUUCGCCAGAAGUGGCUUAGUCAUGCUGGCCACAUGACCCGGAAGCUGUACGCUGGCUCCCUUGGCCAAUAAAGCGAGAUGAGCGCCGCAACCCCAGAGUCGGUCAUGACUGGACCUAAUGGUCAGAGGUCCCUUUACCUUUACCCUUGUUCUACUCAGGCAUGUUAACUAAUAUACCACUCGGGUACCUAUGCUUUUUUUGCAGCAUGCAGUGUGAUAUGCCCCACGGAGAGCCUCAAGGUCCAUAAAUAACAACACCCUAGUGGUCCCAGGUCCUAAGGAAGUUAGAUUGGCUUCAACCGGAGCCAGGGCCUUUUCAACUCUGGCUCCGGCCUGGUGGAACGCUCUGCCUCAUGAGACCAGGGCCCUGCAGGAUCUGAUUUCUUUCCGCAGGGCCUGUAAGACAGAGUUGUUCCGCCUGGCCUUUGGCUUGGAGCCAAUUUGAUUCCCUCCCUCCCUCUUUCUUUUUUCUUUUCCUUCUCCUCCUGCAAUGAGGCUACAUUUUAAUAUUUUAAUGUUCCAUUAUUUUAAUGUUGUAUUUUAUUUUUGUUUUUAAGUUGUAAUCAUUCAUCUUGUUUUUAUUAUUGCUUGUAAGCCGCUCUGAGCCCGGCCUUGGCUGGGGAGGGCGGGGUAUAAAUAAAAAAAUAUUAUUAUUAUUAUAUUGGAAAUUCAUCCUGCUUCUGACUGGGGACCAUCAGUUCCUUUUUCUCUACCAUUAGCUUUAUCACAUUGGUGCAGUUUGGCAUAAUGCGCUAAACUAUGGUUAGAAGACUGCACCUCAGUGAGUCUUUGUUUUGCGGGUUCCUCCAACCUCCCUAUGAUCUGAUGUGGCUGGAGGGAAGAGAUCAGAAACUUCUGCUUUAUAUUAACUUCAAUUUAGUCUGAAUUCUAAACUUUGGUUAAUCUUAAGUGUAGCUAGUUGAAUUGAGCCAAAAGUUUGUUGGAAGUUCGUUGAAGCAAAUUAACUGCAAUUAAGAAUAACUGCAGCCUGUCUAGGUUCAAAUGACACAAGAAGGUUAUUUAAGAUGUAAGCCAGCGCUUGUGAACUUUUCCACACAGCUGUACCAGAUAGAGACAGGGCAAGUGCAAGUCCUAGGCUUCCUGUGACUUGUUCUCAUAAUGCUAAACCAUGGUUUAGUGUUGCAUCCAAAUACUUUGUAUUUCUUUAGGAAAUAUGUAUUUUCAAUAAUAAUUAUCUGAAAAUGGUUGGACAGUUGGGCAAAUUAGAGAAAUGUACAAAGCCUCUGGGUUUAAUUUCAGUUAGCAAGAUUUUGAGCAUUAUAGUAAGAAUUGUAAUUUAGUGUUAAGAUUAGGGGUUUUUUCUAAUCUGAUAUGGUUUAAACAGCGAAGCUUUCUAACUUGCCUUUUCAAGGUCGAAUGGCACCACCUAGUGAUGACCUUUCUGGGAAAAAUGUGAAAGUGUCUGUUGGAGUUGCCCGUAAACCAUCAGACAAUGAAGCUGAAAGCAUAGCGGAUGCACUUUCUUCAACAACAAACAUUUUGGCUUCAGAAUUAUUAGAGGAAGAUACAGAAUUGCCAAAUCCAGCACUUGCCUCUGCUUCAGGCUCUAGGUAAUAAUUUUGUGGUUGUAACUGGAAACUACUGCACGGAACCCCACUGUACACAAAGAAACAAAAGCAGCCUUCAUGUGUACUUUUAAAGAAGCUUACUGACCCACCUGUGUGUAUUCCAAGUACACAAAGUAAAGACAUUGAAAAACAGGUGCUUGUUAUAACUUUUUAAAAAAUAUAUAUGUGUCAAGGCUGCCUCAAGUCUCAGCUCACAAAAGACCAACGCCUAUGUCUUCUUAUAUACAAAGGUGUUUAUUGCAGUUCAUUGUUUGCUUGACAUCCUAGGCGCGCAGCCUUACGUCUCUUACGCUUAGACCGCUGAAGUCCCCUCUGAAUCCGUCCCUCCCCUGCACCAAUUUAAGAGGCUUGUGCUGCUCCACCUCUUUCUCUCCUUCCUUUUCCAUAGGGUCCUUCUGCCCGCUGGGGUUUCGCCCCUCCUGGAUUCCUCUGACGCGGAAUCAGACUGCUCUUCCCCCCUCCUGCGGGCUUUGGGACCUGGCCCCUCCUCCGGGCUCCCUGUACUUCCGCGCGCCUCUACAUUUGAACUAGGCGCGCGCGCCAAACCUCUAACUUUCCUUUUGACAGUUACACUACUCCCUUCACUGCUCCCCUCCCAAGCCGGGCGGGCGGCUUGCUCUGACCUCCCUCCUUUCUCUGCUGCCGGAGCUGCUUCCUCUGACACACUGGAAACUCCACCCCCUUCGCUGCACUCUGGGGGGGAGGCUGGUCCUGACGCCCAGCUGCCACUUUGGGAUCCUCCGCUGGCCCCCUGCUCCUGACACGUCCCCCCUGGGGCUCCCCUGGCCUUGACCACCGGCGCCCCCUUCUGGGAAUCCUCUGAUUCGCUGGAAUGUAAUUCUUCCCCAUCGCUCUCCAUCUCCUGCCUACCCUGUGCCUCUCUCCCUGAACCCCUGACAUCCAUCCCCCCCUCGAAGCCCCCCCUUCCCCCCUCCCGCUGCUCGGGCGCAGGUUCCGGGAGCUUCGUUGUAGCGGGGGUAGAUGCUGGAUACAGUUCGUCGACGUCGAUCUCCUCUGCUUCCAGUUCAGUGUAGGAGUGUUCGAAACCGGGGUCCUCCCCCAACACCUCCAAACCCUUCCCUCCCCCCUGUUACUUCAGGCGAAGCUGCUUGCCAAGGCCCCCUUCGCCACCCCACUUCUGGUUGAUCGUCCCACCAAUAAGAGCGGUCCGUGUCCACCUCGAGCACGAUCCCCUUGGAGGGCUCGAUUGCGGCGUGGUCUCCUCUGCGGAGGAGAACCCCGGAAGGUGCUGCCUGAAAGUGUGGGGUAAAAAGCCAGUCGUCAAAAUACUCCUCUGGCAUGGGCCUGUGUGGGAAGAGUGCAUGGAACUCGUCCUUAAGAAAAGGUUCCUCCAGAGCAUAAUCUGGCACCCAACUGUUGGCGCUGGCCGGGUACCUUCCUGGCGAGGAGGUAUUCCACUCCCUCCUCCCCCCAUCUCGAGUCCAGAAUUUCCGUGACCUCGUUGAGUGUCGGGGUCCUCGGUGACUUCCCCCCCCCCGGUGACUUUCUACGUGGGUCUGGUGCCGUCCCUGGCUCCUGACACGUCCCCCCUGGGGCUCCCCUGGCCUUGACCACCGGCGCCCCCUUCUGGGAAUCCUCUGAUUCGCUGGAAUGUAAUUCUUCCCCAUCGCUCUCCAUCUCCUGCCUACCCUGUGCCUCUCUCCCUGAACCCCUGACAAUAUGUAAUGUGAUUGUUUUUAAAUAUUGGUCUUUGCGUUUUCUUUGUUACCAACUGUCUUGGUGGUCUUGCUGUUAUAUUUGUAGCAAAGAUGGAAGAAAACAGGUUGAGAUUAUUACUAGUCUUGCCCAUAUUUCUCUCUGUUAAUGUUGCUGCCCCAGCCAGUGUCCCUGCUGCCAUCCUCCCCCCACCGCCCUUGCAGUAGUCUAGACUGUUUUGCAUUUAUUAUUUUUUCCACACUUUUGUCCUACAGAUCAGAAAUGCCUGGCAUGGUUGAAAGUGAAGCACUAUUUCUGGCUCGCCUGAACUUCAUUUGGAAAGGCUUUAUCAACAUGCCAUCUGUCGCAAAGUUUGUUAUCAAGGCUUACCCCAUCUCUGGCUCUUUUGAAAGUUUAACAGAGGUAGUAUGUAUACACUUAAUGUUGUGUUGUCACUUUCCUUGGAAACUUUUCCAAAUUUUCUUUUCAUUGCGAACAACUAAAAUUUGAAUGUGGCAUUGUGAAUGCAGAGUUUUUAAAAACACCAAGAGAUGUUGUUCAUUCUCUCUUAUUUUAGGAAGGGUUUCGGUCAUAGCACUUUGUUUAACAGAUACUUCCAUCCCUCAUGCCCACUCUUCUUGUGGUAAUACGUCAAAAGGUGUAUCAGCGACUUAAAUGAAGAUCUCCAGCAUGUACACUUUCUAGCUAGCUUUUUUACAUAUUGGCUUUCUAUAAAUUCAUUUCUAUGCACUCAAAAGGCAGUAGAAUUUUUACUUCCUCCCUUCACUCAUCAUUUGAAAUAAUGUGCCUUCUUUUAUGAAUCAUGAGUGAUAGUGAUUUUUCUCAUUUAGCUGUACUUUCAUAGCAGUACUUCUCUAUGGUAACUUCUUUAAGAUGUUUUAAAAAUAUAGUAAGUAUUUGAAGAGUAGCUAUUAUUUUACAAUGUUAUAAAUACUGCAUAAUUGUUUUCCCCUCCCAUAGGAUUUGCCAGAUAGCAUCCAAAUUGGUGGCAGGAUAUCACCCCAGACUGUUUGGGAAUAUGUUGAAAAAAUAAAAGCCAUGGGUACAAAGGUAAAACCAAAUUUGUUCUGGUCCUGGAAAUGUAUGGUGUUAAUAGUCCCCUGUCCCCACUCAGUUUAAAUGUUUUUUAAAGGCACAGUUUGCUGCUGCUGCUGCUGCUGCUGCUACUGUUUGGCAUAAGUUCACUACUGCCAUUUGUGCAGGAUGCAGCACAGAACAUGGACUGGAUCAGGGAUUCUCAAACAUGGAUUGCCUGUUGCUUUUGAACUACAAUUCCCAUCAUCCCUGACUACUGGUCCUGUUAGCUGGGGGAUGAUGGGAGUUGUAGUCCAAAAACAGGUGGAAACCCAAGGUUGGGAAACCUUGGUCUAGAUGGACCAGGCUCUUCUUAUGGAAACACCUAGUCCUUCCGAAUGAUAAAGCCUAACAAAACUGCUCUCUAUUCAGUGAUAAAUGAGUAGAGGUGGAUGUUUAGCACAUUUUCAGCAUCUUUUCCUAUGAUAUGAAGACCACAUGACUGGAGGGAAGUGGUAGUAGAAGGCACGCUGGCUACGAAGCAUGGACAGUCAUGCAGAAAUAUUCAUAGUCCUAAAAAUAUUUUGCAGAUCCAAAUGCAUCUCUGCAAGUAAUAUUUCCAUAGUGCUGGAGUGGGGAGUUAUUAUUUUUUUUUGCUAACGAUAUUACAAGAUUCUGCAUGUGUAAUUUCUGAAAGUUUUCUGCACAGAGAACUUCAGCUUAGUCUACUGAUUGGAUCGGAUUUAAUUUAUCUAUAAGAAGCACAGACUUCAUACAGUGUAUAUAUUUCAGGGCUGCUUUAUUCAAAAGGCAGGCUGCACACCUCCAAAAAUACCUGUAUAAGUUGGAUCAAAUGGCUGAAGUUCCCUCCUUCAUAAGUACUGUUGUUUUAAGAUUGCUUCACACCCACAAGUGGCUUGCUGGGCUGGCCACUUGCUGAGAAAUCCUUCAAAAGCUUUGCCAAAAUCUGUGGAGAGGCCUCCUUUUCUUGGCUGCAGCUUGUAAUAACCAAGACUACCCUUCUUUACCUGGAACUAAAGUCUCUGCAGUGUCAAAUUCUCCUUGCGUGAAAAACCAACUCUUUCAGGUGCAGUAAGUACCUGAAAGUAAGAUGAUGAUUGCUGACUUUCCCCUCUCCUCUCCUGCCCUGCCACCAAGUGCUGAAUUCUGCUUUAGAGAACUAGUUGACAAAUUGUAAGUUAAUUUAUGCCCCUCCCUUCUCCAUAGGAAAUCUGUGUGGUUCGUUUUACCCCCGUGACAGAAGAGGAUCAGAUUUCAUACACUUUGCUGUUUGCGUACUUCAGCAGCAGAAAGCGUUACGGUGUAGCUGCAAAUAACAUGAAGCAAAUCAAAGAUUUAUAUAUCAUCCCUUUAGGUGCCUCUGAUAAAAUUCCACAUCAGCUGGUGCCUUUUGAUGGUCCUGGUAGGUAACAAAAGUUGGCCAUUUCACAUGUUAGUGAUGGAGACCUUGUUUUUGACAUUUAUACUGUUGAGGUGCAUUUUGAUUAUCCCCAAAACUGGAUAGCUUGAAGCUUUUACAGUGGUACCUCUGGAUGCGAACAGGAUCCGUUCCGGAGCCCUGUUUGCAUCCUGAAGCAAAUGUAAGAUGCGUCUGCGCGUGCGCGGGUCGCGUUUUGCAGCUUCCGCGCUUGCGCGUGACGUCAUUUUGAGUGUCUGCGCGAGCGGCAAAACCUGGAAGUAACAACGCUCCGUUACUUCCAGGUCGCUGCAGAUUGCAACCUGAAAAUAUUUAAGCUGAUGCGUAUUCAUCCCAAUGUAUGACUAUUUUGAGAGUGUGCAUGAAGCUUGCAAAUGUGGGAAGUCACCCUCAUUGAGAAACCUCGCCUUUCAGUUUUUCCCCUCAACAAGCAUGCAUUAGUGCUCAUGAAUAAAGCAAACUUAUCUUUAUUUAACAGGAACUAAUUAUUUUAGAGUGUAUAGGAAUCCUACUUACAGGGAGCAGCCCUUGAGAGAGACAUGGGGAAAUUUGACCACUUGGACCAGCUGAGUUUUCUGAGAUUGCAGAGGCAUAGAUAAGCUUUUUGGUAGAAAUAGGUUUUUUUCUCUCCUGAAGUGUAUGUGUAUCUUAUUAAUUAUACCACUGUGGUUCCCUGCCUUCCAAAUGCAGGUAUUGAAGUGCACCGACCCAAUUUGUUGCUGGGGUUGAUAAUUCGUCAGAAGCUGAAAAGGCAGGCCAGUUCUGCCACCAGUACGAACCCUAGCCCUGCCGAAGAGAGUCCUGAGAAUUUGCCCCCAGAAAAGAAGAGCAAACUGAGCAAACCUGAAGUCCUUCAUUCUGAAUCGGUGGAAAAAGAAGACGAGAACGACUUCUUCAACUCCUUCACAGCUGUAUUGCACAAACAAAGGAUCAAGUCGCAGCUAUCGAAUACCGAAGAAACAACUGUGAGUGAGCCUGCUGUGGAAAGCAUCAAACUUGAACCACCAAAGCCUCUGCGGUUCCUUCCCGGAGUUUUGGUUGGAUGGGAAAAUCAGCAAUCUGCUCUUGAACUAGCAAGUAAGCCACUGCCAGUUGAUGAUAUUCUUCAAAGUCUUUUGGGCACUACGGGGCAGAUGUCUGAACAUAUCCAGCCAGCAGUCAGCCAGCUUGCUAGUGAAGAUCUGCCUUUAUUAGAUAAAAAGGCCAGCAUAAAAGAAGAACUAAGGGACAUUCCUAUAGUAACUGCUGGAACUGAAGAAACGAAGGGGAAAAAGGACAGUUCAAAAGAACCAAUUGAUAAUUUCUCUGCAGCUGAUACACCAGUAGCCGAUGUCUCAUGCUCGUCAGAAAAUCUGACAAGCAUAAGUCUUAAGGGCAAACCACCAGAUGUUUCUACAGAAGCAUUUUUAGCAAACCUAACUAUUCUGUCACAGAACAAGGAAACCAAAGAGACUCCUGAAAGCAAUCUAAGGUUGGGUGACGGUGCUAAUGUUUCUCAGGAAAGGACCACAGAUUUUCCCGUCUCGGCGAGCACAGGGAAAGGAAUUGGGAGCAAUAAUGGCGGCGUAGCAUCUGUUGAUAGUAUGACUGUGAAUAGUUCACAGUUCAUCAAUCUUAAAAGGGAUCCAAGGCAAGCAGCAGGACGAGGCCUACAGAACAAUGCUUCAGAAAAUGAUGGGGACAGUAUUAAGUAUGAAGAAAUGCAGAAUAGUCAACAACCGGACACUUUAGAAACCGAACAGGCUAAAGUAGAUAAUAAGCAACUGUCAGGAAAUGACCUAGCUUCAGAUCGGAGCGAUAGUCAAGAGUGCAAGAAGUUGUUGGUUUCAGCUGCAUCUACAGCAGACAGUGUGUGCUCCUCACAGCCGGAAAAUACAAAUCCGUUGUGUGAAGAAGCACUGAUGCAAAGCACUGAGGCAGUACAUCCCAUUAGAAGAGGAUUAUUGACACCGCCGUCAUCAUCUCAGUUUGAAGCAGAUAAUGCCAGCGGUUCUGAAUUCAGUACCAAAAUGCCCAGCCCUGUUGCAAGUGGAAGCUUUUCACUAAUCAGGACUCCGCAGCCAAAUUUUCAGCACACCAAAACUUCUCCGCCUGGCUCUCAGUUUCAAGGGGCUGUUGCCCCUAAUUUCCCUCCCCAAAACAAUCCUGUGUUUGGCUUUCCUCCUCAUCUGCCCCCUCCGCUCCUCCCUCCUCCAGGCUUUGGCUUUGCUCAGAACCCUCUGAUGCCUUGGCCCCCCGUUUUGCACCUGUCAGGUCAGCCCCCACAUUUUGUUGGACCAGUUACGCCAGUGCCAGCCCUGGCUCAGAAACAGCUGAGAUUCUCGGGGCCAGAACACUUUUAUCAGGGUAGAGACACCCGGAGGACAGAGAGGCGUCACAGUGAUCCUUGGGGUCGCCAGGGUCCCCAUGUGGAGAGGGCAUUUGGUAGGAGGAAAAGCGACCAGCACAGGCAGAGGUUUUACAGCGAGACCCACCACCAGAAAAAGGGCAGGCAUGAAUGGGAGCCGGAUUCCGAAAGAAAUAGGCAUAGAGAUAGAAACCAGGAGAAAGAGAGAGAGAGGAAAAGCAGGGAGGAAGGGCAUCGGGACAAAGAGAGGUCGCGGCUUUCACAUAGCGACAAAGACUCUGAAGGCAAAUCCAGAGACAGUAGGAAUCUUGACAAGAAGGAAGCUCCUAAAAGUGAAGAGCGUGCUCAGGAGGAGAAAGAGAGAGAGAAAAGUAGGGAGAGGCACAGAGAGCGAGAGAGCGACAAGCCCCGAGAUAGACAUCAAAAAGACAGGGACCACAGUGACCGGGGGAAAACCAAGAGGUAAAAGUAGCGGGGAAGGGGGUCCACAGCCUAUCUUCUAAAGUUUAUAAUAAACAGGAAAUAAUCUGUUUUAAAUAUGUCCUAAAACUCUGUAAAAAGAUAUGCUUGGGUAUCAGUUGUGCCAUCAGUUCUUUCUUUUUUAAAAAAAUAUCCAGUGUUUAAUGUUUUGUAGAGACAAGUCUUGUUGGGUACCAACCAGUGUACCGCUUGCUCAUUUACUUUUACAUUCAGCCGCCCUAGGAGCAGAGGUUGAAUUGUUCAAAAUUUUACGUUGCUUGUAUAGACAAUAAUUUAAGGGUUUUCCUUUGAUAUGCAAUAAAAAGUGCAUAAAGGUUCUUUGUUCGAUUUGGCUUCAGUUGACAUAUUUGCAGCCUUUGGUGAUUUGUGCUCGCUGUUUGAAGAUGCUCCAGUAAAUAUAAAGGAGAAUUUUGUAUCAUUCACUCUUCUUAGAUUACAGUGACUUAAAAAGAAAAGACUAUGACACACAGAAACCCAAGUUUGAAUGCAGUAUACAGCAUACUUGAAUGGUGUUGAAGACUUUCAGAAGACAAGCAAAAUAAAAAAGAGCAGUAUUUAUCAUCAUAUUUCCACCCCUAUGCAUCUGAAACAGUUUUUGAGCAGAAAUUAGAAGGCUGCAUGGUCCAAAGUUUAUUGCUUUUAGGGUACACAUUUUAAUAAGGUUCCCCCCCACCUUUUAGCCUUUAUGCUAUAAUUUGUAUUAAUUUCCCAACCAUUUCUCUCGCUUCAAAAACUUGAAUACCUAAGCUUGUACAUGACAUUGUGUUUUACUAUCCUUUAUAUUGUAAAAUGUAAAUAUUUUAAGGGAUAUUUUGAUUCUACAAAUGAUAAAGCCUUCUCACAGCUGUUGUUUGAUUGGUUUUAAUAGAUGUGAAGCAAUAGGCUAAACUGAUAUAACAGAAAGAUGUAUAAAUGUGGCUUGACUGGUAAUUUUUAACAACCCUAGGGCUUUUAAUAAAUAGAUCAGUAAAAUUUUGUGAUUUUCUGUGGAAAAUUAUAGUAUAUUGCUGUUUCUGUUGGAUACCAUUGCACUAUUCUGUUCAACAUCCUGUUUUGAAGUAUUUAGUAAAAUUAAGAGCAUUGUGGAUAAAGAACCUUCUUGAGUAAGAUCGCCUUACCUAUGAACAUAAUUUUUUUGCACUUUGGUAUCAAAAUAAACUUCCUUCCAAUAAUAUGUGACUAAAGCAAAUCGUUAGGCUAUUUUAAAAUCCUAUUUAAAUAUAACAGCCGGUUUGCAAACCUUGCACAUGGCUUUAUAUAGUCAAAUUAAAAAUGCUAUACAGUACAAUGCUUGAUGGUAGCUUUUAUUUAAAGAUGUGACUAUCCAGAUUGUUGGCUUUUAAGAAACACUUUUUUUUUCUUAGCACAAUGUAUAUGUUAAAUAGAAAUUCAAGAUCAUGGU